ACAGGGCGUUUCAGAGGGUCCCAAGGUCCCACCCAGAUGAUGCCCGUGGGUCUGCCAGCCGGGGCGUCACCACCAGUGUUCGAGCAGAUCUUCAGAAAUGCUCGCUUUGCCCAGGGCGGCGAUGCCAUGUUCGAGGGCAAAGUCCAGGGCAACCCGAAGCCCACCGUCACUUGGACCCGCAAGGGCGCACAGAUCGUGUCCGGAAACAAAUAUCAGGUGACACACGAUGAGAACACAGGUGUGGUGACUCUUAAUAUCACCGCCAUCGGCCCCGGCGACGAGGGCGAGUACACUUGCACAGCAGCCAACCAGUACGGCGAGGCCAUCUGCACCGUCUAUAUCCAGCCUGAGGCGGCCUACAUGAUGCAGCAGCAACGUCAGUCCAUGCAAAUGCAACAAAGUAAGUCCAUGAUGCAGCAACAGCAGAUGUCGCAAACAUUUUCGCAGCAGCAGCAACAGAUGAUGUCGGUGCAAAAUGGACAUAUGGAGUCGUUCCGCGUGGACACUUUCGAAUACAGACUGCUUCAUGAAGUGGAGUUCCGUCGCUCUCUGACAAUCACCGUGGCUGGAGAGCUGGAGGUGGACCUUGGCGCUAUCCAGGGUCCUCCUCAGGCUCCUCAGCUCCAGCAGAAGCCACGUUCCACUAAGGUCUCCGACGGAGGCAACGCCACCUUCACCGUUAACGUCAACGGCUACCCGACUCCCAGGGUUAUCUGGUUUAAGAACGGCGUCGGUCUUCAGCAAAGCGACAAAUACCUGAUGACUCAGUCCGCCGGCCAGGUGACCCUGGUGGUGAAGCAGGUGAACUCACAGGACAGCGGCUACUACACAAUGUUGGCCGAGAACUCCUCUGGGUGCACCGUGGCUUCCGCUCAGCUAGCCGUGGUGCCCCGGGGCGAGGUCACUAACGGCGCCCCAUCUCCUGAAGUUAUCCGUCCUGAACGGAUUGAGCAGCAGCAGGCUCAACAGCAAAUGGAGGUGGACGUCGGAGAGGAAAGCGGCAAGUCCUUGGAACCCAAGUUCGUCCGAGGCCCCGCUGACCGCGAAGUCCAGGAGGGCAAAAUGGUGCGCUUCGACGCCCGCUGCUCUGGCAGGCCCUACCCUGAGGUCACUUGGUACAUCAAUGGCCAGCUGGUAGUAGACGAUGCCACCCACAAGGUUUUAGUUAACGAGGCAGGUAACCACUCCCUCAUGAUCAGCAAGGCUUCCCUUAGCGAUGCCGGCGUCAUCACCUGCGUCGCCAAGAACAAGUCUGGCGAAGCUAACUUCCAGUGCCAGCUUAACGUGCUGGAGAUGCAGCAGAUGGUCGCCCCCAAAUUCGUGGAGAGAUUCCAACAGGGCGCCGUGGCCGAGGGAGAGACGGUUGUUCUUCAGUGCCGCGCCGUCGGGACUCCCAUGCCCUUCCUUACAUGGCAGAAGGACGGAGUGUCCGUUGAGAAUAACCCUAAUGUCAUGGUUCAGAGUGACCAGAACGGCGCAUCGGCACUGCAGAUCCUGAGUGCCAGCGCCUCUGAUGCCGGCUGGUAUCAGUGCAACGCUCAGAACUCCGCCGGCUCCGCGGCCACCCGCGCCCGUCUCCACGUGCAGUCCACCAAGCCUUCCGGCCCCGCCCAACCUCAGAGGCCCCACUUCCCGAGGCCCGUCAAAUUCAUCGAACCUGAACCCGAACCCGAACCUGAGGUGAUCAUGCUGCGCCCCGUCGAGAGGGCCCACCACGUGCCUAAGGCCCCCGAGGAGGAGCAGCCCGUUGAACCCCCCAAGUUCACCCAUCCCCUGAGGGAUAUCGACAUCGUCGAGGGCACCCGCGCCCACUUCGAGGCCAAGGUGACCCCCGUCGGCGACGCCACCAUGAACAUUGAGUGGCUCAUUGACGGCAAGCCCCUUGCUGCCAGCUCCCGAGCGACUGUCACUUACCGCUUCGGCUUCGUGGCCCUUGACAUCCUCAACGUGAUCAAGGCCGACGCUGGCGUGUACACCUGCCGCGCCACCAAUGCCAAGGGGCAGGCCGAGACUUCCGCUAAUCUUAGGAUUACAGAGCGCCCCCUGAUUGAAAGCCAGACUCAGCACCCCGAGGCGCUGCAGCAGAUCAGCUACCUGGAGGACCAGUCCAGGUACCAGCGCACCGUCUCCAUCGAGGAAUCUUCCACGAUCAAGCCCUCCUUCGUCAAGCCUCUCUCCAACCUGGGCGAAGUCAUGGAGGGAAAAUAUGCUCACUUCGAGGCUCAACUUCACCCCGUCAGCGACCCCUUCAUGAGGAUCGAAUGGUUCAAGGAUGGAAAACCCAUCACUGCCAGUUCUCGCAUCAAUGUAAUCUACAACUUCGGUUAUGUGGCUCUUAACAUCAUGCACCUUCGUCCCGAGGACAGCGGCACCUAUACCGUGCGUGCCACGAACAAGGCAGGAGAGUGCCAGUGUCAGGCUUCCAUUCAAGUCAUCACUCUGUCCAGCGUCACAGGAGACCUUGGCAUCCCCGAGCAAGCUCAGCACAUCAGGAGUGUUGAGGAGAUGGAGGCUUACAGGCUCCAAAUGCAACAGAGAACUGCUCAGGAAAUCGCGGAGGCUACUACUGCUCCCGUAUUCAAGACAGAGCUCAAGGACGCCACGGCUCGGGAGGGUGGCUAUGCCCACUUCGAGGCCCGCUUGGAGCCCAUUGGUGAUCCUAACCUUAAGGUCGAGUGGCUGAAGGACGGACGACCCAUCGAAGCAAGUUCUCGUAUUACAUCUUUCUUCAACUUUGGCUAUGUUGCCUUGACUGUGAAGGCCCUUAUCAUCAAGGACGCAGGAACCUACACCUGCGUUGCCAAAAACAGCAAGGGUGAGGCUCAGGUCACUGCUCAGCUCACUGUCCUCUCCAAGACUGACACUGAAGUAGAGACUCAGUACCAGGAAACGGUCGCUAAGAUGCAAUAUUUGGAGGACUCUACCCGCUACCAGAAGACAGAGACUGAAGAGACAUCCGCAGUCACAAUCCCCCCAAAAUUCCUGGGUCCCCUCAAGGGAACCAACAAGAUUGUUGAAGGGCAGAAGGCUCACUUCGAGAUCCGCCUUGAGCCCCAGAGUGACCCAACCAUGACCGUUGAGUGGUACUUCAAUGGGCAGGUGAUCAUGUCUGCUUCUCGCAUCAAGACUUACCACGACUUCGGCUACGUGUCACUUGACAUUUCUGACGUCCGUCAGUCUGAUGCUGGUCAGUACACCGUCGUGGCUCGCAAUGCUCUCGGCCAGGCACAGAUGUCCAGCGUCAUGACCGUGGAGACACGCUCGGCCAUCGACACAACUUCUAUGCAUGAGGUGACACUGAGCAAGACCAGUGCGAUGGAACGUCGUCAUCAGGAGCCUCAGUAUGACAUUGAGGAGAUUUCAAGGUCCAAGCCUGAAUUCACACAACUUCUGUCUGACCCCAAGCCCUUGCCAGAGGGUAAGAAUGUCCACCUGGAAGCUCGUUUGGAACCCAUGAACGACCCAACUAUGAAGGUCGAGUGGUUCUUCAAUGGAAAGCCCAUCACUAUUGGUUCCCGCUUCAAGACCUACUUCGAUUUUGGCUUCGUUGCUCUCGAUAUCAUCGGAGCUUACACCACUGACUCCGGCGAGUACACCUGUCGCGCCGAAAACAUGCUUGGCAGCGCACACACUUCAUCAUGUGUUCGCGUCAUUGGUACCGGCGACGUUCUCUCUGAAUCCAUGCACGACAACGCCAUGGAGCAGAUCCAUUACCUGGAAGACGCUUCGCGCCACCAGCGCUCCAUGCAUGAGCAAACAGAGAUCAAUGAAGCUCCCACAUUCGUCAAGUCCCUGAAGAAUAUUGAGACCAUUGAAGGCACCAACAUUCAUCUUGAGGCCCGUCUGAAGCCUGUAGGAGACUCAUCUAUGAGGAUCGACUGGUUCUUCAAUGAUGAACCACUUAAAGUUGGACAUCGUUUCAGGCCUGCAUAUGAUUUCGACUAUGUAGCCCUGGAUCUUCUGAGUGUGUAUCCUAUAGACUCCGGCAUUUAUACUUGCAGGGCUACUAACAAACUCGGACAGGCUGUCACCUCAGCUUCGGUCAAAGUCACGGCCAAGAAGGAUCUAGUGUUCGACUCAGAGCACCCAGAUAGUCUGCAGAAACUUCAGUACCUCGAUGAUAGUUCGCGGUACCAAAGGCGAGAAACCAUGGAGGAAGUUUCCGUGAAAAUCAAGCCCCGUUUCCUCACCCAACUUAAGAGCGCGACACUGAAGGAGGGCAUGAAUGCGCACUUCGAGGCCAAGAUCGAACCCAUCACCGACCCGAACCUCAGGAUUGACUGGUACAGGAACGGAAUGCCGAUCCAGCUUGGCUCGCGUUUCCGCCUGAUCCACGACUUUGGCUACGUGGCUUUAGAUAUAUCGCGCGUGAUCGAGGAGGACUCCGGCACGUACACUUGCGUGGCGACCAACUUGAUGGGCAAAGAUGAGAUCACGGCCGACCUUAAGGUUCUGAAUUCUGCGAACAUCGUGAUGGAGUCCCAGAACCAGACCAUGACGAUGGAGCAGCUGCAGAUGCUGGAAGACCGCAGCAAAUACUCCCGCACUGAGCAGGUCGAGGAGACCACCAAGCAGGCUCCCGUCUUCACCACGUCCCUGAAGAAUAUCGAGAUCCUUGAGGGCCAGCGCGCCCACUUCGAACUGAAGCUCAUCCCCACCUCCGACCCCACCAUGAAGGUGGAGUGGUUCCAUAACAACGUCCCCGUGAAGAGUGGUUCUCGCUUCACCGAGUACAACGACUUCGGCUUCGUUGCUUUGGACAUCAUGUACUGCUACGCCGAAGACUCUGGCACCUACACCUGCGUGGCUACCAACUGCAUGGGCCAGGCUAUGUCGACUGGCAAUCUCGUGUGCCAUACGAAGGAAACCAUUCUGUCAGACACCAUGAACCAAGAGGCCAUGAGCAAGAUCUCCCGCCUGGAAUCCUCUCGCACCCAGCGAACCAUCACCACCGAGGAGAUCACCAUGCAGGCCCCUGUGUUCACCGCGCCUCUCAGGGACCAGCAGCUCAUCGAGAACGCUCCUCUCCACUUCGAGGCUCGUCUCAUUCCCGUCGGCGACCCCGACCUCAAGGUCGAAUGGUUCAAGAACAACGUGCCAAUCCAGCAGGCGAACCGCAUUUCCACCAUGCACGACUUCGGCUACGUCGCCCUCGACAUGAAGUACGUCAACCCAGAGGACUCCGGCACCUACACCUGCCGCGCCACCAACCGUCUGGGCCAGGCCGUCACCACGGCCUCUCUUGUCGUGACAUCCAAGGAAGCCCUUCUCCUGGAAACCCAGCACAGCGAAGCCCUGGAGAAGCUCCGCUAUCUCGAAGACUCCUCCCGCUAUACCAAGUCCACCACCGAGGAGACCGUGAUCACUCAGGCUCCCAAGUUUGUGGUGAAGCUCUCGGGCUUGACCAAACUGUGGGAGGGCCAGAGUGCUCACGUCGAGUGCCGCCUCGAGCCCUACCCCGACCCCAGCAUGAAGGUUGAGUGGUUCCACAAUGGCCAGGCUCUUCAGGUUGGCCACAGAUUCAGGACAAUGUAUGACUUCGGUUUCUGCGCCAUGGAUAUCCUCCAAGCGGUGGCUGAAGAUUCUGGCACUUACGAGGUCAGGGCUACCAACCGCAUCGGAACAGCCACGUCAUCAAUUACCAUUGAAGUUAAGCCCAAGAGCGACUUUAUUGUAGAGACGCAACACCCUGAGGCCAUGGCCAAGAUCACCAGGCUGGAGCAGAAGGCCCCCCACAGGCUGCCUGAGGACUCCCUGGUGAUCGAGAAACCCAACUUCGGCCGCCCUCUGAGGAACCAGGACCAUCUGAUCGAGGGCCAGUCCAUCCACAUGGAGGCUACCCUCACCCCUGUCAACGACCCCACAAUGAAGGUCGAAUGGUUCUUCAAUGGACAGCCCAUUCCUCAAGGCCAUCGCUUCCGCACAACCUACGAUUUCGGCUUCGUGGCCCUGGAUAUCCUGUACGCCUACCCCGAGGACUGUGGCACGUACAUGUGCAAGGCGACCAACGCCGCGGGCCAGGCCGUGACCUCGUGCAGCAUCAAGGUGGAGGGUACUGGAAGCAUGCAGCUGGGCACCGUGGACGAAGAGCGCAUGCGCAAGAUUCGUCAGCUGGAAGCCAUGGGCCACAAACCCGAAGAAAUCAAGGACCAGGUCUUCCAGAAGCCCGUGUUCACCACUCCUCUCAACAGCGUGGAUAACCUGGUCGAGGGCGAGCGCUGCCAUCUCGAGUGCCGCCUCGAACCCAUCAACGACCCUGAUCUCAAGGUCGAGUGGUUCGUCAAUGGUGUUGAGAUCAAGGCUGGUCACAGGUUCCGCACCACCCAUGACUUCGGCUACGUUGCCUUGGACAUCCUGUAUUCUUAUGCUGAGGAUUCUGGCACUUACCUCUGCAAGGCCACCAACAAGAUGGGCGAGGCUGUUAAUUCUUGCAAUGUUACAGUCUCUGCUCGUCGCUCCAUCUACCUGGACACUCAGCACCCGAUGGGCUGGGAGAAGAUCCAAAACCUGGAACAGCGUGGCCGCUACGAGCGCAUCGAAGUCUCUGAUGUGCCCAUGCAGCCGCCACGAUUCACUUCUGAGCUUAGGGCUAAUAACACCUUGCUUAGCGAGGGCCAGCACGUGCACUUGGAGGGCCGCGUGGAGCCUGUGCACGACCCAAGCAUGAGGGUCGAGUGGUACCACGAGGGCAAGGCUCUGCAAUCAGCCGCUCGCUUCCAUACCACCUUCGACUUCGGUUACGUCGCUCUGGACAUCACCACCGUGUAUGCCGAAGACUCUGGCGAGUACACCUGCCGCGCCUUCAACCACAUGGGCGAGGCUCAGUCCUCCGUCUCCUUCAGGGUGGAAGGCAAGGAGGGCGUGAUCACCGAAUCCGCCCGUCCUGAGGGCCUCGAGAAGAUCCGCGAGUUGGAGGACUCCGCUCGCGUUGGCCGCCAGGUGUCAGAGGAAGUACGCACCUUCCAGCGCCCUGUGUUCACUCAGCCUCUGCAGAACCUGGACAACCUCACAGAGAACGAGACCGCCCACUUCGAGUGUCGUCUCAUCCCUGUCGGGGAUCCCAACCUCAAGGUUGAAUGGUUCAGGAACGAGAAGCCCAUUGAGACCAGCUCACGUAUCAACCGCACUCACGACUUCGGCUACGUGGCCCUUGACAUCACUGGCGUACGAGCUGACGACGAAGGCAUCUACAUGUGCCGCGCCUACAACGAUCUUGGCGAAGCUGUCACCACAGCUUCCAUCAAGAUCAAAUCUCACGCCACCAUCCAGAUGGAGACGCAGCAUCCAGAAGGCAUGAAGAAGAUUCAGGCUCUGGAAGACCGCAAACCUGCUGGCCGUGGCGAUGAAGCCGAUAAGGUUUACGACAAGCCAGUAUUCACGGCCACCCUGGCUGGACCCGCCCAGAUCAUGGAGGGCCAGAGUGCUCACUAUGAGUGCCGUGUAGUGCCGGUGGGUGACCCCAACAUGAGGUACGAGUGGUACUGCAACGGCGUUGAGCUCAAGAUGGGUUCAAGGUUCAAGACCACCAGUGACUUCGGAUACGUGACACUGGACAUUCUUCAGUGCGUCGCUGAGGACUCAGGUGUCUACAUGUGCAAGGCCAUCAACCUGGCUGGAGAAGCCGUCAGCUCCUGCUCCACCAGGGUUCUGGCCAAGGACAGCAUCCUGGGCGACGUCCUUCACCCAGGCUGGGAAACCAUCAAGCUCCGCGAGGCUCAAUGGAACCGCGUGCCCCAGACACCAACCUCUCCUGAGGCUCUGGAGCCACCCAUGUUCACAAAACACCUGGAGAGCCAAGAGCGCCUGCAGGAAAGUGGCACCUUGCGACUGGAGGCUCAGGUGCAGCCAGCCAACGAUCCUCACCUUAGCAUAGAAUGGUUCAAGAACAGCAUUCAGCUCGUUACAGGUACUCGUAUUCGUAGUACCUUUGACUUCGGUCACGUGACCCUGGAGAUCUCAGGACUGCGUGAGGAUGACUCUGGCAUCUACACUUGCAAGGCCGUCAACCGCGUGGGAGAAGCAGUCUCUACCUGCAACAUCAAGGUCUUCGGCCGCGACUGGCUGAUCGGCGACUCCAUGCAUCCCGAGGCCCUGUCCAAGAUUGCGCAGCUCGAACAGCCUGCUGCUGGCCCUGGCUCCCCCGAUGAGCCCACCUUUGACGUGCCGGUGUUCAUCUCGCACUUGAACAAUGUGGAAUGUCGCGAAGGAGACACUGCUCACUUCGAGUGCAAGGUUCAGCCAUGCAGCGACCCAACAAUGAAGAUUGAGUGGUUCAUCAAUGGCAAACCCAUGCAGGCAGCCGCACGUUACCAGGCUACCUACGACUUUGGAUACGUGUCCCUCGACUGCACUCACUGUUACGCCGAGGAUUCCGGCAUCUACAUGUGCCGCGCCACGAACGCUAAGGGCUCAGCCACUACCACUGGCACGCUUACGUGCAUCAGCAAGGCCAACCUCUACUUCGACACCCAGCACCCGCAGGGCAGAGCUGGCCUUGAGGCAGUGGAGGAAGCCGAGCGUGCCUACUGGGCCAAGUACCAGAGGCAGAUGUCUGAACGUGAAGUCUCCUACCCGAAGCCCUUCUUUGUCAGGCCUCUGCAGACCAACUUCUCCCUCAAUGAGAACCAGGCUCUGCAUAUGGAGGCCAAUGUUGAGCCCAAACAGGAUCCUGAUCUUAAGAUCGAAUGGUUCUUGAACGGCAAAGUUCUGGAACAGGCAUCGCGCUACAAGACGAGCUACGACUUUGGUCUUGUCACCCUCGACCUCAGUGACGUCUACGAGCGUGACCAGGGUAUCUACACCUGCCGCGCCUACAACAAGGCAGGAGAAGCCUUCUGCACCACCACCGUCGUUGUGGUCGGCAAGGAUGUCCUUAUCGAGGGUACUCAGCAUCCUGCUGGCGAAGCUGGGCUCGAGGCCAUUCACCGCAUGGAGAACAAGCUCCGCCGCGACGACCGCGCUCUCCCCGACGAGGAAGGCCACCCGCCCGUCUUCACCGUCCCCUUCAAGGACCUGAGCAACAUGGAGGAGGGUGAGAUCGCUCACUUCGAGGCCAUGCUCACCCCCGUCGGCGACGAGUCCAUGAAGGUCGAGUGGUUCUUCAAGGGUGAGGCGCUCAAGGCCUCCCACCGCGUCCGCACAGUGUACGCUUUCGGCAUGGUUGUGCUUGAGAUCUUAGGCACAAAGAUCUCCGACAGCGGAGAAUACACUUGCCGUGCAUCCAACAAGUGGGGUAAGGCUGAGUGUUCCGUCACCCUUGAGUGCGUCGACCGCGCUCAUGGCCAGCCUCCUCGCUUCACCACUCACAUCCAGAACCUGGAGGGACUCAAGGACGGCGACUCCGCUCACUUCGAGUGCACUCUGGUCCCCAUCGGUGACCCCAACAUGAAGGUCGAAUGGUUCCACAACGGCGAGCCGCUCCGCAACGCCACUCGCAUUAAGACCGUCAGCGAUUUCGGCUUUGUCGUCCUGGACAUCGCCUACCUGCAGAACCAUGAUGCCGGUGAAUGGAUGUGCAAGGCCUCCAACAAGUAUGGCGAAGACACUACCAAGGCAUUCCUGAACUGCUAUGGAAAGGGAGGUGUCUACACAGAGUCACUGCAGCCCGGCUCGCUCGACAAGAUUGCAGCUCUGGAGGGCCAGAAGGCUGGCAUCCAGGCUCCCACCACUCCCUCGGCAGCCGAGCCUCCCAAGUUCAUCACUCAGAUCGCCAACAUCGAACGCCUGGUUGAGGGACAGAGCGCUCACUUCGAGGCGCGCCUGAAGCCCGUGAAUGACCCCAAGCUUGUUGUUGAGUGGUUCAAGGAUGGCAAGAAACUUCCUUCUGGCCAUCGCUACAGGACCUUCCAUGACUUUGGCAUUGUUAUCCUGGACAUUCUCUACUGCUACGAGGAAGACUCAGGCGUGUAUGAAGCCCGUGCUGUCAACAAGCUUGGCGAGGACAAGACAACUGCUACCCUGAAGUGCCUUAGCAAGACCAACCUCAUCCUCACACCUCAGGUGCCCAAGGGAAUGGAAGGCGGCCUCCAGAAGCUCCAGACUUUGGAGGACACUGCCUGGAUGCGUCGCGAGUCCGUCACAUCUGACAGAGUAGGCAUGGCACCCAAAUUCACAGUUCCUCUGAAUAACAUUGACAACAUGAAGGAGGGAGAGAAUGCUCACUUCGAGGCCCGCCUUGUGCCAACCGAUGACCCUCGCCUGAAGGUCGAAUGGUACUGGAAUGGAAAGCCAAUGAAGUACAGCUCUCGCAUCCGUCAGUUCUGUGACUUCGGCUUUGUAAUCAUGGAGGUUUCCCCAGUUUACCCUGAGGAUUCUGGUGAGUACAUGUGCCGUGCUUACAAUGACUAUGGUGAGGCCGUCACAAAGGCUUAUCUGAAGUGCGAGGGUAAGCGCUCUGUCAUUCUCGAAAGUCAGCUUCCUAAGUCCAUGCAGAAGGGCAUGGAAAGGAUUGCUGAACUGGAAGGCCUCAUGAUCAAAUCACCUGAUAUGGGCACUCCGUCCGACUCUGGACAGGCACCACAGUUCAUGACGCAGCCUCAAGAUUGCACCAUCCUUGAGAACCAGCUGGCGCACUUCGAGUGCCGCCUUCUGCCAGUGGGCGAUCCUUACCUCCGUGUAGAGUGGUAUCAUAAUGGACGCCCACUGAGGGCUGGGUCUCGCAUCAAGACCAUCAAUGACUUUGGCUAUGUCAUUCUGGAACUUGCUGGUUGCUAUUCCAAUGAUUCUGGCACUUACACAUGCAGGGCGAUCAAUAAGCAUGGCGAGGCUUCCGUCGAAUGUAAGUUGAUUGUUACCAGCAAGAGUGGAAUUAUACUUGAUCCCCAGGCUACUUCCAAGUUCAAGGGAUGCACAGAGUCCAUCCAGAAACUGGAAGAGAGCAUGUACAAGAAGGAGAGGGCUCCCGAUGAGGAAGAAAAGCCGUGUCCACCAAACUUUGUCACUCAGCUGGAGAACAUCACCGACUUGGUUGAGGGACAACCUGCUCACUUCGACUGCCGUGUCGAGCCUGUGGGAGACCCAACUAUGCGCAUCGAAUGGUUCCAUAAUGGUAUGCCACUUGCUGCUGGCUCUCGUGUACACAUGAUGGAUGACUUCGGCUUUGUCGUCCUUGAUCUGGAAUGGACCUUCGCCCGUGACACAGGUGAGUACAUCUGCCGUGCCACGAACAAGUGGGGCCAGGCAACCACCAAGGCCACGCUCAAUGUCCGCUCUAAGCAUGGCGUUGACCUCAGCACGCAGCUGCCUCAGGGCAUGACUGCUGAGAAGCUGAAGGAGCUGGAGCGCGGACCUCUCACUGAGAAGUACGACGCCGACGCCGAGAUGACUCCCCCCAAGUUCACCGUCCCCAUCAAGAGCCAGAGCAUGCAGGAGGGAGAGCGCGCGUUCUUCGAAGCCCGCGUCGAGCCACGCAAUGAUCCUAAUCUGCGCAUUGAAUGGUACCACAACGGCAAGCCUCUGCAGUCUGGUCACCGCUUCAGGACCAAUUUCGAGCUGGGCCAUGUGACCCUCGAGUUGCUUCACACCUACGCCGAGGACUCCGGUGAAUACGUCUGCCGUGCGUACAACAAGCUCGGACAGGACAUCACCAGGGCUUCUCUUAAGUCCAAGGCCAGCCAGUCCGUUGUGCUUCAGUCGCAAGUGCCGAAGGGCAUGAAGACAGGCCAGGACUUCGCCUCACAGAUGGAGGAAACCCUCAAGAAGUACUGCAAGGAAGUCAUGCUGACACAGGAAGACAUUUACGAGCCCGAGAAGAGGCAACCACCUCGCUUCGUGACUCACAUCAAGGACGUGAGGGAUCUCCAGGAAAUGGCGGAGACCAAGUUCGACUGCCAGCUGGCUCCUGUCGGCGAUCCGCACAUGAAGGUCGAAUGGUUCUUCAAUGGCCGUCCUCUGCCCUACAAGAACCGCUUCACCCCCAUCUACGACUUCGGCUACGUCGCCUUGGUCAUGAACUGGGUGUUCGGCGAGGACUCCGGCGAGUACCUCUGCCGCGCCACCAACAAGUGGGGCAUGGACGAGACCCGCGCCACGCUGAAGGCCACAGGGCGCCCCGGUGUCAUCUACGAAUCCCAGAUCCCCAAGGGCAUGCAGUCCCUCGAGAAGAUCAGGGAGCUCGAGGCAUCCUGGUCACAAACCCACGAAGCCCAGGUGGACGAGGAGAAGCCACGCGUGAAGCCCGAGGUUCUGAAGAAGCCCGAGAGCCUGGUGGUACAGGAGGGCGACUGGGCCCGCUUCAGCGUCCGCAUCUCUGGCUACCCCAAGCCACGAGUCAUGUGGAUCGUCAACGGUUCCACUGCCAUGAGCGGUAACCGCUUCAAGAUCUGGUACGAUGGUCUGUUCCACCUCGACAUCCCCAAGACCCGCCAGUACGACAACGGCAAGGUCGAGGUUAUCUGCCGCAACUCCCUGGGCGAGUGCUACGCCUGCUGCGACCUCAAGGUGAUGCCACGCCAGGACGACUACCGCGCUGUCCUCAAGAAUUCACCGAAACCCUGGUAUGACUAUGACCUCAAGAGUUACCAGAAGGAACGCCAGGAAACUGAGCUUGACCGUGUCUUCGAGGAGAGGAUCGACAGUGAUUAUUCCAUCCUCCAUGAGUCCAAAUUCGGCGAAUACAUGGCCAGACCAGUCGAUAAGACUGAAGAAACCGAGUGGCAGAAACUCGCUCGUGAAAAGAACGCAGGAGAAAAGAUCAAGCAGCUGGAGGACACGAGGAGGGUGAACCGCAAAAACAAGGACGUGAAGAUGUUCGCCUCCCCGCUCGAGCACGCAGCCCAGCACUCCCUGGCGAAGGGCAUGGCAUCUCGCUACGAGGAGCAGCUCGACACAGUGUCUGCCAAACAGCAGCAGCCGCUUCAAAGGCCAAAGAGGAUAUUAAGGGAGACCAAGGAUGUGCGCCAUGAGCAACAGUACCCACCAAGGGAGCCCGAGCCCUCCGAGUCGACGGUGCACGGCAAGGAGAUCCACACUGCCACGCAGAAGCAGACUCAGAAGGAGAUCCAGGGAGACCUUGAGAUCACUCGUAAGAUCACGGCCACAGAGACCACUGAGAUGGAACACACCGGCAAGACCACCGAGCGCAUUGUCGAAGGGCCUCCCCAGAAGCCCGCCAAGCCUCCGUUCUUCACCAGGAAGAUCCAGCCGUGCCGCGUUUUCGAGAGAGAACGUGCCCGCUUCGAGGUGGAGUUCGACGGCGAUCCCAACCCCACGAUCCAGUGGUAUCGCGAGGACUUCCCCAUCACGAGCUCUCCGGACUUCCAGAUUCAUACCUUCGGCGAUAAGAGCAUCCUCAUGAUCCGUGAAGUCUUUAUGGAAGACUCCGGUGUGUUUGCCGUCGUGGCGGAGAACAGAGGAGGCCGUGCGAAGUGCUCGGCGAACUUGGUGGUCGAGGAGCGCAAGCAGAGGGGCGCUGGCGCUGUGCCCCCGAGCUUCUACCAGACCAUCCAGGACACCCUCUCGCAGCCCGGCAACCUCGUGAGGCUCGACUCUAAGAUCUCUGGGACGCCGCCGAUCGACAUUUAUUGGCUCAAGAACGGACGUAAGCUAAUCCAGGACAUGCAUUACAAGAUGGUCAAGGACCAGGACACUUACACACUGCUCAUCAUCGAGGCAGUGGCCGAAGACAGCGGCUCAUACGAAUGUGUAGCCAUUAACAAGGCCGGUGAGGCUCGCUGCCAGGCCACAGUCGAGGUAGCUGGUCCUCGCCCUACGCAGGCACCGAAGACACCCACCACACCUGCCGGAGUCACCCAAGCCCCCACCAUUGAACGGAAGUUGCAGUCGCUGGUAGUGCAAGAGGGACAGCCUGCCACCUUCGAAUGCGUCGUGUCAGCAUCACCUCAACCUAAGGUACAAUGGAUGAAGGGUAAGGAACCCAUCAAACAGAGCAAGUACUUCACAAUGACAUCUGAUGGCGAAGUGCAUUAUCUAAAGAUCUCUGAAGCCUUCCCUGAGGAUGAGGGCAACUACUACUGUAUCAUAUCCAAUACCAUCGGCAAGGUCACUCUGGAGGCUAACCUGCAGGUGGUACAGCCUCAGCAAGCAGAGGUGGCUCCCAGCAUUGCUCCCUUGGAAGAUGUAACAAUUGAAGAAGGCGAAGGUGUUCGUUUUAACACUGUCGUUAUUGGAUCUCCCAUGCCCACCGUGCAGUGGUACCGAGAAGGUGCUCUUAUACCACACUCCAGGGACUUCGAGAUGUUCAUGGAGGGCAACACCGCCGUCCUGGACAUCAAGCUGACUUACCCGGAGGACACCGGCAUCUUCACCUGCCGUGCCACCAACUCUGCGGGGCAGGCAGAGACCUCCGCCAUGCUCACGGUUAAAAGUGUUUAUAGAGAGGAGGAAGACUCUAUCCGACGCACCAGCAGGAGAGAUGAGCGAGAGUCGAGAAAAUAUAGAUGGGUAUCUCCCAGUCCAGCCAGAUGGUUCUCCCGAAGCCCAGCACGACCUGGAGACGGCAAGCAGACGACCGAAGAAGAGUUAGAGAGGAAGAAGAGAGAAAAGGCGCCAUGGCUUUACGAAAAGCCGAAAGAGGAUAUAGGAUUAGCUGCUCGGAAACUGAAGAAAUCAACUGAUAGAAAAUUGGAACCGAAAGGACAAGAGAAAUUGACAAUUCCUAAGGUCGAAUUGAAAAAAUCUCAGAUAAAGAAAAUGUCUCCUGAGGAAGUCAAACUUGAGAAAGUUGAACUUGCACACGUUGAAAAGCACAAAAAGGAAGAUAGCAUAAAAGAUACAGAGGACUGGAGUUCUGAUUCAGAGUAUGACCUCUAUGAGUUUGAUAGUGUUUCAGAGAGUGAUGUUAUUGAUCGAGAAGAAUAUGAAAAACAGAGAACAGACACCAAAAGAAAAGGAAAGGUACAAUUAGAAAAGGAGAAAUAUCAACGUAAAACAAGAGGCAAGAAGGGAUUAAAGGAUGGCAAAGAGUCAUCCUUUGGCAGAAGACGAAUGAAGCCUGAUGAAGAGACCACAGAUCAGAUUAAACUUGGGCGAAGAAAACAUCUUCCCAAACCUGAGGAAGAAGAUGAGAAGCCUCAGUUAAAACCGGUUCCCAAAAGGAAGCCAAGGGAGGAAGAAAAAGACAUUCAGGAUGAUCAGGUUCCUUCAUGGAGAGCGAGGAGGAUUCCUCAGAGGAUGGACGAAAAAGAAGAAAUAACAUUGAAACCCUUCCAAAAAGAAAAAGAAGAAAAGCCAGUUGAAGGAAAAGCUCCUCUUGAUUCUUACACAGUAUCUGAUAACGAAUAUGAUACAGACAAACGAAUUUUAACAGAUGAAGAAAUUACAGAAGACGAGAAAUAUCCCAAGAGGCCAAGCAAACGACUUCCAAAAGAAAGGGUGCAACCAGAAAAAUUUGUGCUACCUACAGUUCAGCUGAAGAAAACACACAGAACUAAAUUGGUUCCAGACGAAAAUCAACUGGAGAAGGUAGAUCUGAAGCCUGUGGAAAAGCAAAGUAUAGCUGGCACUGAAAAAGAGAAACAUGAGUCCACCGAAGACGUAGAAAGGUAUCGUCCCAGUGAAAUCCAGGAUGAACCCGUAAAACUAGAUAGAUGGGGUAGACCUGUCAGACCAAGGCCGGUACAGAAAAAGGAACCACACACAGAAAGCACAACACCCAUCGUCAAUGAUGUAGAAAAAACAAAAGAUGAAAUUCAACCAAAGACAAUAGGCGACAGAAAAACAACAGAGAAACAAGAAGGGGAGCCAGAGGUGCCUUCUUGGCGAAGAAAAACGAUUGUGCCAAAAGAGCAGGAAAAGGAGGAAGUAGUUCUGAAACCAUUUGAGAAGCAACAGCCUGAGAAAAAGGAGCAUCGUCAGCCACAUAAACCUAUGGUAUCAGACUUAAUUCAGCCUGAGAAAUCCAUCAGUGAGCCAUAUGAAGCAGACAGUCUUGACAGAGAAGAACCUCUUAAAGAUAAGAGGCCAAUGCCAAGUCGAGAAGAAACAGUUGUAUUCCCCACAGAUGAAGAGAAGCCGACACAACGAAAACCAGGUAGAAAAAUUCCAUUUGAAAAACCAAAGGAAGAAUUUUCAAUUCCUCAGGUAACGCUCAGAAAGACUGUUCCCAGAAAAUUUGUACCAGAAGAAGUAAAGCUUGAAUCAGUCGAUCUUGAUCAUGUUGAAAAGAAACAGAAACCUAAAGCUGCAAGAGAAAAACGAGAAUGGAGUCCAUUGCCCGACCAAGAACCUUAUGUUCCUGAAGAAAUACCUGAUGGAAUUCCUGUUGAUCUCGAUAAGUAUGAGAAGGAUGAUUAUCCAACAAAAACAGACGAAGGCAGAGAACCAGAGAAAGAUAGAUAUGAAAGGAAGCCAAAGGGUAAAUUUGAGACUGAAGAGCAUAAGAAAUUGAAGCUUGGAAAGGGCCAGAAAAAGCCAGAGGAAGAAGAGGAGCUCAUUAAAAUGAAACCUGGAAAACGUCUACCGAAGCCCCCAGAAGAGGAAACUGAAAAGCCUCAGUUAAAGCCAAUACCCAAGAAGAAGAUGGAACCAGAGGAAAAGGAGAAAACAUCUCUGAAACCUGGAAAGAAACCCUCUAAAGAACUUCCAGAACGGGAACCAGUAGAGCUUGAACCUUUUGAAAGAACCAGAACAGAAAUGCCAGAUAAGGAAGACGUGAAACUGGAAGAGCCACGCAAGUUCCCACCAUAUCAGAAAGACUCAGCCCCAACAAAACCUGAGGUUAAACCAUCAAAUGACAGAAUUGCUGAGCCAGAAGAAGCAAUAAAAUCUAGGAAAGAAAAAGAUAAACCUGAAAAGAAGGACGAACCUGCAGAUGUGCCACCAUGGAGAGUAAAAAGAGUUCCUCCAAAGGAAGAAGAAAAAGAGGAAGUUGUAUUAAAGCCUUUCAAAAAGGACAAACCAGAAGAGCCAAAACCAUCUCCAAAAUAUACACCAGGUAAGCCCUACCAACCUGAAAUUCCUGAACCAGAUGAAACCCCUCUUGAACCGUAUGGUAAGCCAGAAAAAGAGAAGGUACCUGAGGGAUUCCAACAGCCCAAGAAUAAACAAGAAAAAGAAGAGCAUUUGCCAAAGAAAGAGAAACCAGCAGAACCUGGCAAAGUACAGUUAAAGCCGGCAAGACGUCCACAAAAGGAAGCACCCCCAAAAGAAGAAUUUGUGAUUCCUAAAAUUCCCCUUAGAAAAACCAAACAGAAUGUGUUUGUACCAGAGGAGGUAAAGCUCGAAGAUGUAGAGCUUGAUCAUGUUGAAACACCUGAAGUGAUUGAACCUGAGAAAGAAAAGCGCCAAUGGAGUCCUUUGCCAGAGUAUGAAACUUAUGAGCCUGAGGAAAUUCCCGAUAAAGAACCUGUAGAGCUGGAAAAGUAUGAGAAGUAUGUACCUCCAGAGAAAAAUAAGGAUGAAAAGGAGCCGGAAAAGGAUAAAUACAAGCGCACUCCAAAGGACAAACCUGAGCCUGAAGAGGAGAGGAAAUUAAAACUUGGAAAAGGUCGUCCAAAGCCAGAGGAAGAAGAAGGAGAGCAAAUUAAGUUUAAGCCUGCCAGACGCUUGCCGAAACAGGAGGAAGAGACUGAGAAACCUCAGUUAAAACCCAUUCCCAAAAAGAAACCAGAACCAGAGGAGAAGGAGAAGGCUCCUCUUAAACCUGGAAAGAGACCUCCUAAAGAUAUUCCUGAACGUGAACCAGUGGAACUGGAACCAUUCGAACGAACCAAGCCAGAAAUUCUUGAGAGGGAAAAGGUGAAACUGGAGGAACCACUGAAGCCUGAGCCAAAGCCCAAAGAACGAGUUCCAUCUGAACCAGAGGCUCCUAAACCAAAGGAAGAGGAGAAACCAUCAGAGGAAGAGCCAAAGCCCAAGAAAGAGAGGACCAAACCUGAAAAGAAAGAGGAGGAACCUGAAGUUCCUUCAUGGAGAGGGAAGAGGCUGCCUCCUCCAAAGGACGACAAGGAAGAGGUGGUUCUGAAGCCCUUCAAAAAGGAGAAACCCACAGAACCGAAGCCUACUCCAAAGCGGAAACCAGGUAAACCAUAUGAGCCUGAGAUUCCUGAGCCUGAGAGAACACCCUUGGAACCAUAUGAGAAACCAGAAAGAGAGAAGGAACCGGAGGAAAAGCCUAUCCCUACAAAGCCAGAGGAAGCACCUCAACCAGAAGAGGAGCCAGUCAAAAAGCCUAAAAAAGAAAAGACAAAGCCAGAGAAAGAGGAAGAGCCUGAAGUUCCUUCAUGGAGAGGAAAGAGGCUGCCUCCUCCAAAGGACGACAAGGAAGAGGUGGUUCUGAAGCCCUUCAAAAAGGAGAAACCCACAGAACCGAAGCCUACUCCAAAGCGGAAACCAGGCAAACCAUAUGAGCCUGAGAUUCCUGAGCCUGAGAGAACACCCUUGGAACCGUAUGAGAAACCAGAAAGAGAGAAGGAACCGGAGGAAAAGCCUAUCCCUACAAAGCCAGAGGAAGCACCUCAACCAGAAGAGGAGCCAAUCAAAAAGCCCAAAAAAGAAAAGACAAAGCCAGAGAAAGAGGAAGAUCCUGAAGUUCCUUCAUGGAGAAGGAAGAGAAUUCCUCCCAAAGAGGAAGACAAAGAAGAGGUAGUUUUAAAACCAUUCAAGAAGGAUAAACCAGAAGAACCAAAACCAAGUCCCAAACCCAAACUUGGUAAACCAUAUGAACCCGAAAUUCCAGAGCCAGAAAAGCCACCCACUGAGCCUAUUACAAAGCUUAAAAAGCAGAAAGCGCCAAAAGAUAUCUCCAAACCAGAAGAGAGGCCUGAGGAUGUUGUAGAAGAACAUGAGAAAGUCUCUGAAACACCAGAGAAAGAUCUGAAAGACGUUUUAGAACCUGAGAAAGGAAAGUUGAAACCAAGACGGAAACCACUAAAACUCAGCCAGGCACCAGAGGAAUUUACUAUUCCAAAAGUCCAGUUAAAGAAAACUACACAAAAUGUUUUUGUUCCAGAAGAGGUAAAGCUUGAGUCUGUUGAUCUUGAUCAUGUUGAAACACCAGAAAUUAUUGAACCUGAGAGAGAGAAGCGCCAAUGGAGUCCUUUGCCAGAGUAUGAGACAUACGAACCCGAGGAAAUUCCCGAUAAAGAACCUGUUGAAUUGGAGAAAUAUGAGAAGUACAUACCGCCCGAGAAAGAAAAGGAUGAGAAGGAACCAGAGAAGGGCAAAUAUCAACGCAAACCAAAGGACAAACCUGAGCCUGAAGAGGAGAGGAAAUUGAAACUUGGAAAAGGUCGUCCAAAGCCAGAGGAAGAAGAAGAACAAAUCAAGUUUAAGCCUGCCAGACGCUUGCCGAAACAGGAGGAAGAGACUGAGAAACCUCAGUUAAAACCCAUUCCCAAAAAGAAACCAGAACCAGAGGAGAAGGAGAAGGCUCCUCUUAAACCUGGAAAGAGACCUCCUAAAGAUAUUCCUGAACGUGAACCAGUGGAACUGGAACCAUUCGAACGAACCAAGCCAGAAAUUCCUGAGAGGGAAAAGGUGAAACUGGAGGAACCACUGAAGCCUGAGCCAAAGCCCAAAGAACGAGUUCCAUCUGAACCAGAGGCUCCUAAACCAAAGGAAGAGGAGAAACCAUCAGAGGAAGAGCCAAAGCCCAAGAAAGAGAGGACCAAACCUGAAAAGAAAGAGGAGGAACCUGAAGUUCCUUCAUGGAGAGGGAAGAGGCUGCCUCCUCCAAAGGACGACAAGGAAGAGGUGGUUCUGAAGCCCUUCAAAAAGGAGAAACCCACAGAACCGAAGCCUACUCCAAAGCGGAAACCAGGUAAACCAUAUGAGCCUGAGAUUCCUGAGCCUGAGAGAACACCCUUGGAACCAUAUGAGAAACCAGAAAGAGAGAAGGAACCGGAGGAAAAGCCUAUCCCUACAAAGCCAGAGGAAGCACCUCAACCAGAAGAGGAGCCAGUCAAAAAGCCCAAAAAAGAAAAGACAAAGCCAGAGAAAGAGGAAGAGCCUGAAGUUCCUUCAUGGAGAAGGAAGAGAAUUCCUCCCAAAGAGGAAGACAAAGAAGAGGUAGUUUUAAAACCAUUCAAGAAGGAUAAACCAGAAGAACCAAAACCAAGUCCCAAACCCAAACUUGGUAAACCAUAUGAACCCGAAAUUCCAGAGCCAGAAAAGCCACCCACUGAGCCUAUUACAAAGCUUAAAAAGGAGAAAAUGCCAAAGGAUGUUUCUAAACCAGAAGAGAGACCUGAGAAAGUGGUAGAAAGACCAGAGGAAAUGACCGAAGCACCUCAAAAAGAGCCAGAGGAGGAAGCAUCAGAACCAGAGAAGACAAAAUUAAAACCAAAGAAGCAAUUAAAGAAAUUGUAUGAGCCACCUGAAGAGUUUUCUAUUCCAAAAGUCCAGCUAAAGAAAACUACACAAAAUGUUUUUGUUCCAGAAGAGGUAAAGCUUGAGUCUGUUGAUCUUGAUCAUGUUGAAACACCAGAAAUUAUUGAACCUGAGAGAGAAAAGCGCCAAUGGAGUCCUUUGCCAGAGUAUGAGACAUACGAACCCGAGGAAAUUCCCGAUAAAGAACCUGUUGAGUUGGAGAAAUAUGAGAAGUACAUACCGCCCGAGAAAGAAAAGGAUGAGAAGGAACCAGAGAAGGGCAAAUAUCAACGCAAACCAAAGGACAAACCUGAGCCUGAAGAGGAGAGGAAAUUGAAACUUGGAAAAGGUCGUCCAAAGCCAGAGGAAGAAGAAGAACAAAUCAAGUUUAAGCCUGCCAGACGCUUGCCGAAACAGGAGGAAGAGACUGAGAAACCUCAGUUAAAACCCAUUCCCAAAAAGAAACCAGAACCAGAGGAGAAGGAGAAGGCUCCUCUUAAACCUGGAAAGAGACCUCCUAAAGAUAUUCCUGAACGUGAACCAGUGGAACUGGAACCAUUCGAACGAACCAAGCCAGAAAUUCCUGAGAGGGAAAAGGUGAAACUGGAGGAACCACUGAAGCCUGAGCCAAAGCCCAAAGAACGAGUUCCAUCUGAACCAGAGGCUCCUAAACCAAAGGAAGAGGAGAAACCAUCAGAGGAAGAGCCAAAGCCCAAGAAAGAGAGGACCAAACCUGAAAAGAAAGAGGAGGAACCUGAAGUUCCUUCAUGGAGAGGGAAGAGGCUGCCUCCUCCAAAGGACGACAAGGAAGAGGUGGUUCUGAAGCCCUUCAAAAAGGAGAAACCCACAGAACCGAAGCCUACUCCAAAGCGGAAACCAGGUAAACCAUAUGAGCCUGAGAUUCCUGAGCCUGAGAGAACACCCUUGGAACCAUAUGAGAAACCAGAAAGAGAGAAGGAACCGGAGGAAAAGCCUAUCCCUACAAAGCCAGAGGAAGCACCUCAGCCAGAAGAGGAGCCAGUCAAAAAGCCUAAAAAAGAAAAGACAAAGCCAGAGAAAGAGGAAGAGCCUGAAGUUCCUUCAUGGAGAGGGAAGAGGCUGCCUCCUCCAAAGGACGACAAGGAAGAGGUGGUUCUGAAGCCCUUCAAAAAGGAGAAACCCACAGAACCGAAGCCUACUCCAAAGCGGAAACCAGGUAAACCAUAUGAGCCUGAGAUUCCUGAGCCUGAGAGAACACCAUUGGAACCAUAUGAGAAACCAGAAAAAGAAAAGGUUCCUGAUAGAGUGCCAGAAGAAAGAAAGCCAACUCCAGAGCCUGAAAAGGAUGUCGAAAUACCAGAGAAGCCAGAUGAGCCAGGAAAGGUAAAGUUGAAGCCAAUGAAAAAGCCCAAGAAGCAAGAGGCUCCAGAAGAAUAUACAAUUCCGAAAGUUGAGCUUCGCAAAACAGUACAAAAUGAGUUUGUUCCAGAGGAAGUAAAACUAGAAACUGUUGACCUUGAUCAUGUGGAAACACCUGAAGAACCAGAACCUGAGGUUGAGAAAAGGAAAUGGAGUCCACCACCGGAAUAUGAGACUUAUGAGCCCGAGGAAAUUCCCGAUAAAGAACCUGUUGAAUUAGAGAAAUAUGAGAAGUACAUACCGCCCGAGAAAGAAAAGGAUGAGAAGGAACCAGAGAAGGGCAAAUAUCAACGCAAACCAAAGGAUAAACCUGAGCCUGAAGAGGAGAGGAAAUUGAAACUUGGAAAAGGUCGUCCAAAGCCAGAGGAAGAAGAAGAACAAGUCAAGUUUAAGCCUGCCAGACGCUUGCCGAAACAGGAGGAAGAGACUGAGAAACCUCAGUUAAAACCCAUUCCCAAAAAGAAACCAGAACCAGAGGAGAAGGAGAAGGCUCCUCUUAAACCUGGAAAGAGACCUCCUAAAGAUAUUCCUGAACGUGAACCAGUGGAACUGGAACCAUUCGAACGAACCAAGCCAGAAAUUCCUGAGAGGGAAAAGGUGAAACUGGAGGAACCACUGAAGCCUGAGCCAAAGCCCAAAGAACGAGUUCCAUCUGAACCAGAGGCUCCUAAACCAAAGGAAGAGGAGAAACCAUCAGAGGAAGAGCCAAAGCCCAAGAAAGAGAGGACCAAACCUGAAAAGAAAGAGGAGGAACCUGAAGUUCCUUCAUGGAGAGGGAAGAGGCUGCCUCCUCCAAAGGACGACAAGGAAGAGGUGGUUCUGAAGCCCUUCAAAAAGGAGAAACCCACAGAACCGAAGCCUACUCCAAAGCGGAAACCAGGUAAACCAUAUGAGCCUGAGAUUCCUGAGCCUGAGAGAACACCCUUGGAACCAUAUGAGAAACCAGAAAGAGAGAAGGAACCGGAGGAAAAGCCUAUCCCUACAAAGCCAGAGGAAGCACCUCAACCAGAAGAGGAGCCAGUCAAAAAGCCUAAAAAAGGAAAGACAAAGCCAGAGAAAGAGGUAGAGCCAGAAACACCUACAUGGAGAAGGAAGAGAAUUCCUCCCAAAGAGGAAGACAAAGAAGAGGUAGUUUUAAAACCAUUCAAGAAGGAUAAACAAAAAGAACCAAAACCAGAAGAGAAGCCAGAACACAAACCAGUCGAAAAACAGAAGAAGCCCAAAAAUAUAAAGCCAGAAAGGGAUGAACCAAAGCUAGAAAGACGUGUUGUUACAACGGAAACAGAGGAAGUUAUUCAAGAAGAAACACGGCCAGUUAAGGCUGUUGAUUUGGAGAUAAUAAGAAAGGUGACCGACUCCAAGGAAAUCACUGUUAAGUCCCUUAAGCGAGUUCAUCAGAAACCUCGGGACAUCGAAUUAAUCCCUCCGUUCUUCCCGAAACCCUUAGAAGCAGUCAUUUCCAAACCUGCCCAGAAGACUGUUUUCACUUGCGACAUCAGAGGUCAUCCUCCCCCUGACAUCAAGUGGUACUUUAAUAGCAUCGAGCUCCUUCCGACUAAUAAUGUCAAUAUCCGAUACGAAAACAGGAUAUCAACCCUCACUAUCCUUCGCACGACGGAAGAUGAUGAAGGAAUGUAUACUUGCGAGGCGGUGAAUAAGGCGGGGAAGGCGACAACGAUGGCGACACUAAGGCUUGAAGCACGCAGCAAGGACAAGCCCAGGGGCGAGCCGCCCAAGUUCCUCGUGCCACUGCAGCCACAGAAGGUGAAGCACGGCGAAAAGGUGGUUCUGGAGACCUCCGUCAGAGGCCUCCCAACACCCCGGGUGAUCUGGUAUCACCUUGACAAGGAAGUGGUGCCCUCGCCGGAGUUCGUGCAGGAGCAUGACACCACUACAGGACGCGUUGUCCUCACCAUCAACGAGGUGUUCAUCGAUGACAAGGGGCUGUACCGCUGCCUGGCCGUCAAUGAGUUCGGCCGCGACGAGACAGCUUCCUAUGUCACCGUGGAAGACAUAGAGGUGCUAGAGAAGUGUGAGCUGCGACAGGCACCGCGGAUCACACUUCCACUGCAACCUCAGAUCCUUAAGAAACAUUCUUCUCUUGAUUUGCUUGCGCGCUAUGAAGCCUUCCCUCCCCCAACUGUCAAGUGGUACCACCAGGGCAAGGAACUUAAGCCUUCACGAGACUACACAAUCGAAACAAUCGAAGACGAAACGAGCCUCCAUGUCGAGGAGGUAUUUGAGGACGAUUACGGAGAGUACGAAGUUCGGAUUUUCAACGAAGCUGGUGAAGCGAGGACUGUUGCCUCUGUUAUUGUUACCCAGCCUUUGGAGGUUGUGCAGAUGGAGCCGCCAAAGUUCAUUAAGCCGCUACAUCCACAAAUUGUUCCUGAAGGUGAGGUAGCAAUUCUCGAAGCUGAAGUCACAGCCAAGCCUGAAGCUGAAUUCAAAUGGUAUAGACACGGCCAGGAGAUCACACAUGACGAGGAGAUUGAGGUACAGAUAACAAGCAAUAACAAUAAGUCUUCAUUGGUUUUGGGUGAACUCUUUGAGGAUGAUUCUGGAGACUACACAGUGACUGCCCAGAACCCCGUUGGUAGAGCGUCAUCAACCGCAACUCUGUUAGUGGAAGGUGAGGGUGAUGAGGAAGCUGAGCCGCCUUCAUUUGACCCUCCGCUGACGCCCAUUCGUGUGAUGGAUGGCGAAGAGGUGCGGUUCAGAUGUAAGGUCACAGGCAAGCCCAUGCCGAAGCUGACCUGGCUCCAAAACGGACGGCCCAUUGCUCACCAUCGGGAGGUGCGCCUUACGCAGACUCCCGACGGGAAAGCUGGCCUCCAGAUACUUGAAGUGUUCCCUGAAGACGCCGGAGACUAUACAUGCAUCGCUCGAAACAAAGCCGGCGAAGCGAGGACAACCGCGAACCUGGCCGUUGAAUCUUAUGAAUAUGUGCCUGACUCAGAGGCGGCAACUACCACCUCUGUAUCCGAGAAGAACAUCUUCUCAGGCCCAGUCUCAGAGGAAGAAGAAACAAUUGAAAUCGAGAAAGACACAGAAUCUGACAGUUCAGAGGCAGGCUCCGCGCCAUACUUCUGUAACAGACUUGAACAGAAAAUAGAAGUGGUCGAAGGGACCUCUGUACGACUGUUGGUCAAAGUUACUGGUUACCCUCGUCCGACCAUUAAGUGGCACACAGAUGGGGUUGCAGUUGAAGUGACUGAAACUCGCACUGUGGAAACAUACGAAGAUGGCACUUCUGCCUUAACUCUGCACAAAACUACUUUGGAGGACUGUGGCGAAUACGUGUGCGAAGCCAUGAACAGAAAUGGUGUAGACACGACCGUCACUACCCUGGUGGUCCUCCCGGAGCACACAGAGGGAACGUCCUCAUCCUACCGAAAGCCUGAAUGGGUAACUCGAAUGGAGGAGCUAAAGGAGGCGAUGUCAGGUGAACAACACCGACCACAGUUUACGAAAGAAAUUACGAACUCACGAGUAAAGGAAAUGGAAACCAUCACAUUUACUGCACAUUUCCGUGGUAAUCCUAAGCCAGAUAUCACAUGGUACCACAACUCAAAGAUUAUUCGUCAGCAACAGUGUUAUCAGAUGAGAGUCCGCAAUGAUAAGGCAAUGUUAACUAUUGUUGAAGCUAGACCUGAAUUUAGGGGAGAAUAUUCCUGCCGUGCAGCCAACUCUGAAGGAGAAGUUUUUACCCGAGCUCAUCUUGAUGUCAUUGAACUAACAUAUGAAGAGAAGCUGAAGGUAAGCAAUGAGAGAUAUGCAGCUGUGAAUAUCCAACAUGCUGCUGAGCAUAUGAGGGAGAAGGAAAGAGAACGUUCACUCAAGCAAAAGAGAGAGCACGAGGAAGCAAUGGCCAGACUUAAGCAAGAAAAGGUGAAUCGUCAGGUUCAGCGCCAGCAGGAGCUGGAGGAUGCCAAAAAGAAUGUCUGGAAGCCUAAGGUUGUUGAAGAGGUAAAGGAAGUAAAGAAAACUCCAAAGGAACAUUGUGUUGCUGAAUUAUACAGCAACUGGAAAUCAGCAGUUUCAUUUGAGGAUAAUUAUCCAGAACUUGAGCCUAAUGAAUUUGCUCCAAACCAGAUCCCUGGUGUCAAGUGCUUUGUGAAAGUUUCAGAGACUUCCAUCAAGGGAGAGGAAGUUGUCAGGGAGGUAGCACCUCAAUUCUUUGAGGAUGAGCAAAUUAUUCAUGAAUUGGCUAAGGUUCAUACACUACUGAAGAACAAUGUAAGAGUCAAUGAGAUCUGGUCAAUGUUCCGUGCUGGUGAGUUCAAAGCCCUUCAGCAACCAAACAUUCAGAGCGCUCUUGUCAAGGUUUGCGAGUACAUUGGUCACCAAAGAAAUGUGUCCAUUGUGCUGGCUGAAGAAAUCCAGGAACAGGCGAAGAAGCAUCCUGUUGGUCUCAAGGCCUUCUUGCGUAUGCUUAAAUAUGCUAAGAACGUCAAGCCUGAUACACUCUUCAAGGAUGUCAUCCCGCGUGAGAUGGGCAAGUGGUCAUCAACCACUCAGGAGUUGACCGAAGUAUCACAGAUGUUGAACAAGGGCAUCCAGACCGAGGAAAUCAUUGCAUCAUGUGUGGCUGGUAAACUACCAACACUGAAGAAGCCUGAGACCCAACAACCCCUUGUCAACAUUGUGGAGAAGCAUGGCCAUUCUGUCAUGGUUGCUCAGGUGCUGGUUGAAGAGGCUUAUCGUGAUGCUAAGGAUGAGAGGGUGCUGGCAGAACAGGCCUGGGAAGUCAUUCAUGAGCAGGAGAUGAAGAUGGCUGAGGUAUCUGAAGUCAGGACAGAAUCCAAGCCAACACCAAAGCCAGCUGAGGUGAAACCAAAGCAAGCUGUUGAGGAAGAACCAACUGAACCUAUGCCUAAACUAAAACCAGUUCAGCCAAAACCAACACCAAAACCAGCAGAAGAAGAAACUAUUGAACUUAAACCAACAUUAAAGAAACCAACACCAAAACCAGAAGAAAUAAAACCAACACUAAAGAAAGUACAACCUAAACCAACACCAGAACCAACAGCAGAAGAAACAGUUCAGCUAAAACCUACACUAAAGAAAGUAGAGCCCAAACCAACACCAGAAGAAGAAACUGUUGAACUUAAACCAACACAAAAGAAACCAACACCAAAACCAGCAGAGGAAGAAACUGUUCAACUCAAACCAACAUUAAAGAAAGUUGAACCUAAACCAACACCACAACCAGAAGAAACUAAACCAACACUAAAGAAAUUAGAGCCUAAACCAACACCAGAAGAAGAAACUGUUCAACUUAAACCAACACCAAAGAAACCAACACCAAAACCAGAGGAAGAAACUGUUCAGCUUAAACCAAUAAAGAAAGUAGAGCCCAAACCAACAGAGGAAGAAACUGUUCAGCUUAAACCAAUAAAGAAAGUAGAGCCCAAACCAACAGAGGAAGAAACUGUUCAGCUUAAACCAAUAAAGAAAGUAGAGCCCAAACCAACACCAAAACCAGAAGAACCCAAACCAACACCUAAACCAACACCAAAACCAGAAGAGCCCAAACCAACACCAAAACCAGAAGAGCCCAAACCAACACCAAAACCAGAAGAGCCCAAACCAACACCAAAACCAGAAGAAACUAAACAAGAACAGGUCAUUGAACAAAAACAGGAUCAGGUUCCAUGGAGAAAGACUGUUGUUCAGGAGGAAAUUCAAACUAUUCAGCUACAACCUACACCUAUUCCAGAGCGUCCUGAAACUGCACCUGCUGCGCCAAAGCCUGUCCAGCAGCAAGCAACACAGCAGGUGACACAGCAAGUCACACAGCAGAUGACACAGCAAGUCACACAGCAGGUGACACAGCAGGGAACACAGAAGGUGACAAAGGUAGUGACACAGGAGUUUACGGAGCCAGAAAAGACUACCACUAUGAUAGUUCAGAAAGUCUCACCCCAGGUUAUACAGGAAACCACACAACAAAUUACACAGCCAAUUCAGCAGCAAAUAAUUAAAAAGACAGUUGUUCAAGAGACCCACAUUGAACAGCCAAAAGAGAAAGUGACUAUACAGAAGGUCACAACUGUUGCAGAACCACAGCCUGCUUUACAAACUACUGAAGAAACCAUAGUAAUGAAACAACCAAAAAUGACCCAGCAGACGGCUAAAGUCUCAGAGCAAACCCAGGUUAUGCAGAAGGUUGCUGUGCAGAAGACACAAAUACUGCAACAAGAGAAGGUCACAGAAGAACAACCUCUGAUAACCCAAGAAGUUGAAGAAGUCAAGAAACCUAAAGUUGUCUCAGAGAAAGCUAUGAUUGUUGAAGAACCAAAGGUUCUGGAGAAAACUACAGUAAUUCAACAGCCUACACUGGUCCAGCAGGAAAUUAUGACUGCUGAGAAACCAGAAGAAAUAAAGGAAGUUACCACAAUACUGAAGACAACAAAAGCUGAAGUCAUUCAAGAACCAGAAGUACUGCAGACAACUGUAGUGCGAAAACCAGUUGUGGUACAAAAAGAAAUGGUAAUUGUCCAAGAACCAGAGACAACAGUAGAGGUUUCCUCAGACCUCAAAGUUACAGAGAAAGCAGAAAUAAGUUUAGAACCCAAGAUCUUGCAGAAGACAAUUGUUACCCAGCAGCCAACUCAAGUAGUAAGUUAUGAGGAGAUGACAAAGCAAGAAUCAGUUGCUCCAUUUUCAGAGAAAGAAAAACUGCAACCAUCACAUGAACAACGCGUCACUGUUCAUAAGGAAACCAUUCUUGAGAAACCCAAAGAACAGUUAGUGCCUUCUAUGCAACAUGAAAAGCAGGUUGUGGUUGAACAAAAACAAGUCCAACAAACUGUGCAAAAGGCAGCUGUACAGCAGGAACAACAGGUGACUGUGCAAAUGCAAAAAUCACAACAGGUGACUCAGCAGGUGCAACAAACACAACAGGUGAAGCAGGAGGUGCAACAAACACAACAGGUGGCGCAGCAGGUGCAACAAACACAACAGGUCACUGUACAGAAACAACAAACUGUACAGCAGAAGACACAACAGAAGGUCGUCACACAGGAACAACUAAUCACUGAACAGCAGAAACCAGUGCCAACCCCUCAGUUGUGUGUGCCAGGCUUUAAGGCUUUGGUUCGACUUGCAACAGACAACCAGCUUGACCUGGAAACAGUUGAUCUAAAACCAGCAGAGAAAAUUACAUUUGAAAAAGAUAUUGGCAAGCUAAGUUUCCACUUAAAGAAAGGUGUACAAGUUAAUGAACUGAUGACAAUGUUGAAAGAAGGUGAGUUCAAGACACUUAAACAAGAGACUCAUCAAGCUCAGCUCUUAGAAGUUGCAAACAGGAUGGAAAGAGCUACAGUGACAAAAGUCCUUGUACAGGAAGCUUCUGACAGACGCGAUCGCAAUAUUGGUCUAAAAUCUGUGAUGCGUACAUUAGAAACUGGAAAGGAAUCUAUGGAGCAAAUAAUCAUGGAUGUUUCGAAAGAAUUUGGGCCAUCAUCUGAGCCUGUAAAGGAGAUAGCUGCUGUUGGACAUCUUCUACAGGAAGGUGUAAAAUGUGAUGAGGUUGUCACAUUAGUUGAAGCAGGUCUCCUACCAAGUCUGAAAAAGCCACAGUCACAGAUGCCUCUUGUCUCAAUGGUGGCUGAAAAAGGUCACGUAGGAAGUGUGUGCGAGGUUCUUGUAGAAGAGUCAGCAAGGGAAAUGAAGAAGCCCAAGCCCAAGUUUGAGGCUGCGCGUAUGUCAGAAGUUAAAGAAAUGUUGAAGAAGGCAAAGGCUGAAUCUGUUGAUGUGAAGACCUUCACGCCGGAGAUGGUUCCUGGUGUACAAGCUUAUAUUCGUAUGGCUCAAGAGGAGAAGGUUAACAUUGAAGAAGUUGUCCAGAAGACAGUGUUAGAACCAAAGCUAAAAGAAGAAGUUGCCAAGAUUGGCAUGAUGGUAAAACAUGGUGUGAUGGCCCAAGAUGUUAUCACGCUAAUGGAGGCUGGUGAAUUCCCACAGCUUAUGAAAUUAGAAGCACAAGCUCAACUUCUGAAUGUUGUGGAGGAGUUUGGAUUCAAGGCAUUAGUAAAUGAAGUUUUGGUUGAGCAAGUUCAACAGGCAGUUCAGAAGACUGAGAAAUCUAUUGGAGUCAAGUCAUUUAUGCGCAUGAUGAAAGAAGCUAAUGUCAAUGUUGAAGAAAUUAUUACAGAGCAGUUUGCCAAAGAAUUUGCCCCUGAAGUCCGAGAACCCGUGACACAGGAGAUGGCAAAGGUCAGUGUGAUGCUCAAAGAGGGUGUUCAGGCUGAGGAAAUUAUGUCCAUGGUUGAAGCUGGACAGCUGCCAGCCUUAAGAAAACCUGAGACCCAAAUCCCUCUCAUCAAUGUAGUAGAAGAACAAGGACAUAGUGCAAUCAUCUGCCAGGUUCUCAUUGAAGAUUCAGUCAAGGAGAUUGUACAAGGUGAAAUGCAGAUUUGGUCAGCAGUAGCAACCUCAUUAGUAUGCUGUAAUAGUGUGCAGCUAUUAGUCAUCCCUGUGAAGAAGUUAUUAGUACUAUAUACCGACUGCAAAAUCCAACAUUUGUCUUCUCAUAGCAACUUACACAUUGCCGGUAACCUAAGUACUUCAUUUGCAGCAAAGAAAACCCAAGAAAUCCAGAGGAUGGUUGAAUCUACUCAAGAAGUGAAUAAAUGUUCUACCACAGACACCACAACUAUCACAGACCAAGGAACUGUUGCAACUACUGCGCAGGAACAUAUCACACACCCUCAGAAACAUUCCAGAUACACUAACCCAGUCCCAGAUACUAGACCAUAUGAUUUGGGUUUGCCAGAGUUACUUUACUCAGAAUCCCAGAGUGACCCUAGGGUUGAAUUCUUUGAGACAUCAACACUGUCACAUGAACAUUUCUCAGAGAUGGCUGUUGCAGAGGUCAAUAUAUAUAAAGACCAGUUAGUUACUGCAACUCUUCAGUCCGUGAUACUUGUAUCUGAGACAGGCCAUAGAAUAAUUUACCCUACAAUAUUGGAAACAGAAACAUACUCUACAACUACAGAAAUACUCACACCACUUCCAAAGAAAUUCCAUGCUAGCAUGCAAAUUGUACCUAACUUGCAGUGUGCCACAACAGGUACAGCAAUAUCUGAAGCAGGAUAUAUUAUUAAAUACCCAGCUACAUCUAUUUUAGAACAAGACAUGGCAAAAACUUUUGACACUUGCAUUCCAGAAAAAAUCCAAGCAACAACACAAGUUGUUCCUCCUUUGAACAGAUCUACUUCUGUAUCAGGAAUGCUUAUAUCUGAAGUUGGACACAUUAUUCACUUCCCUUCAACAUCUAGCCUAGAAAGUGAUACUGUAAUUGAGGAUUUCUGUCCAACAUUUCCAAAAACAGUUCAAGCAACACACUCUUUUAUUCCAAAUCUGGACCAUGCCACUACACUACAUAUACUCACACCUUCAAUAGAGCAAAGAAUUAAUUACUCAUCUGUUUCUGUCAUACAAGACAUAUUUGACACUCCUGUUACCGAGUUUACUUCACCAGAAACAGGAAACAUUUUUGCUCAGACACAGUUUGUUUCUGAUUUUGAAACUGCUUCUACACAACCUAUGACCCUUGUGUCUCAGUCAGGGUUGAGAGUUCACCACCCCUCUACACCUAUUUGUCCAUUUGAGACAUAUUCAACAGAUUUUAUACCAGUGUCUGUUGAACCUGUAUAUGCCAGAAUUCAAAUAAUUCCUGAGCUUGCAUAUGCUAUAAUACAGCCAGUAAUUCUUGUGUCUGAAAGUGGACAAAAAAUUAACUACCCAUAUACUUCUGUCACUGAAUAUGACAUCCCUGUCCUAGAAUUGAGCUCACCUGUUGUAGAACCCUCAUUUGUUGAAACACAACAUGUUCCUGAGCUCAAUAGUAUUAUUACGCAGCCAAUGGCAGUUGUGUAUGAAGCAGGACAGAAAAUUAACUAUUCAUCAAGUUCAGUUAUAGAAAAUGACACACUUGCUGAAGACUUCAGAAUAGCUGUUCCAGAAGCCACUUCUGCUUUAACAGCAUUUGAACCCAACCUGGAAAUUGCUGUUACACAACCCAUUAGCAUAAUAUCCAGCACAGGACACCACAUAAAUUAUGCAUCAACAGCUGUCUUGGAAUACAACACAUCACAUGAUUUCCUUCCCUUUACCCCAGCCAUAAUGUAUGCUAAAGAACUAUUUGUUGCAGAAGAACUGUAUUUUGCAACAAGCAAAGUAGUAGCUUUAGUGUCUCAUUCUGGCCAAACAAUACGAUACCCAUUGACUUCUGCUACAGAUCACAGUCCAUUUACUGACAUAAUCAUUGCACCUAUUCCAGACAAACAGCAUGCUACCACACAGAUUGUUCCUGAAUUAGAAACUGCAUCUACUCAACCCAUGCCAUUCGUCUCAGAAGCUAGCUUCAUAGUCAGACACUCAUCACCAUCUGUCCUGGAACCUGACACAAAAGUUGAAGAUUUCAACAUUUCUGUCACUGAAAUUGCCCAUGCUGUAACAUGUGUUGUACCUGAUCUUAAAUUUGCCUCUGCACUGCCACUGACCAUUGUGUCUGAGGCAGGACACAUAGUUCACUAUCCAUCUACCUCUGUAUAUGAUUUUGAUGAAUUGACAGAGGAUUUUACAACACCACAGGUGGAAGAAGGUAAUGCUAGGGUACUACAGGUUCCUGCUUUGAAAUCUGCAACCAUGUUGCCAAUGACACUUGUGUCUGAGGCUGGGCACAUAGUUCACUAUCCAUCCACUGCUAUUGCUGAACAUGACAGCAUGACAGAGGCUUUCACACCUUUCACUACAGAAAAAACACAUGCCAAGGUAGUGCACAUACCUGAUUUAGAAUAUGCCACAAUACUGCCUCUAACAGUCAUAUCUGAGGCUGGAUAUAAAACUCAUUAUCCAUUUACCUCUUUCCUUCAAUUAAAUGAUAUUACAGAGGAUUUCAUUGCAUUGUGCGAUGAAAAGCAACACGCUAAAACACUGCAUAUUCCUGCACUAGAAUGUGCUUCAAUAUUACCAUUGACUGUUGUCUCUGAGGCUGGCCAUAAGAUUCAUUACCCAACACUUUCUGUCUUUGAUCACGAUGAAAUGACAGAAGUUUUCAUAGCACAGUCUCUGAAAGAAGCAAGUGCUAAAACAGUUUAUAUUCCUAAAUUGGAAUAUGCAGAAGUAUUACCUAUAACACUUGUGUCUGAGGCUGGUCUUAUAGUUUAUUAUCCAGUAACAUCUGUAACUGAUCAUGAUGACUUGGCAGAAAUUUUCAUAACACCUACCCAUGAAGAAGCACAUGCUAAAGUGUUAUAUGUUCCUGAAUUGGAAUACGCUACAACAUUACCCAUGACACUUGUUUCUGAGUUAGGCCAAAAACUUCAUUUCCCAACAUAUUCCACUGAACAUGAUAUGAUAGCUGAAAGUUUCACAUCACCUAUUCAGCAAAAAAUUCAUGCUACAGUUCUGCAUAUUCCUAAACUGGAAUAUGCUACAGCAUCACCUAUGACACUUGUGUCUGAGGCAGGCUACAAAAUCCACUAUCCAUCUACAUUCACACUGGAAUACAAUGAAACAUCAAAGAUUUUUGAAACAUAUGUUCCAGUGGAAGUCUGUGCUACAGAAUCAGUUACUCCUAACCUGGAGUUUGCUUUAACAGAACAUUUAACAUUCAUUUCAAAUGCUGGACACAAGAUUCAGUAUCCUUCUACAUCAUUCUUGGAACAGGACACUGUUGAGGAUUUAGUUUCAACUGUCCCAGAAGGAAUACAGGCAAAAAUAACACAAAUUCCUGAACUGGAAUUUAUCACAACACUACCUUUAACCUUUGUCACAGCACAGGGACAGAAAGUUCAUCACCCACUGACACAAAUCUUGGAACAUGACACCACAGAGGAAUUCAGAACAAUUACUCCAGAGACAGUUUAUGCCACGACAAUGCAUGUUCCUGAUAUGAGAGUUGCUAACACAGAACCUAUAAAUAUUGUCUCUGAAAUUGGACUUAUCACAAGAUAUCCAGGAGUUUCUGUUAUUGGUGAAUCACACAAAACAACAGAAAUAACCUUCCCACAGAUACAAAGAACUCAUGCAACUGAAGUUAUACACACACAGGAUGCUCCAGAAUUUACAUAUGCGACUGUUUCACCAAUUACAGUGAUGCCAGCUUCCACACCAACUACACAUUAUCUUACUUCAAGGGAAGAAACUUUUCUUCCUGAUACUCCUUUAACCAGGCCCUCUGUCCCAUCCCACACAGGCAUGACAUCAAGCCCAUCCUCUACAGUUACCACAUCUGAAGUGAAGACUGAAGAUGUAAAGGUACAGCAAGACAUACAACAAACCAAACAUGUACCUGAAACACAACACAUUAAGUGGGGGGAAGAUUUGCAAGAGAGUGAAUCAGAGACAUCAACCAUUACUUUUACACCUGACAAACGGGAUGAUACAACAGUUAAAGAGUUAAAGAAUACAAUGAGCAAUGAGUCUGUAGAUGUUGACAGAACACCGGUGGAUGCUUCUGAUAUCCAAGAAGCAAUGGUACAGCAAAUAUCUUUGAGGACUAUUAAAAAACAGUCUAAUAAAACAAGUGAUGAAGAAGAAUUGACUCAUGAAGUUAUGGUUGGUAUUGGUGUAGAAGGUGGUACAGUCAAAGAGGAAACCCAGGUAAAUACCCUUGGCAAGCAAAUAAAACCAAAUGAAGAAUUUGAGUCCUCAGUUGAUCUUCAUAUUGUACCUACACCUAAAGUUACUUCUGGGAAAGAGUGGCAAGAGAAAACAACUAUCUGUACAGAGGAAAUAAGUGAGCAAGAAGAUAUUCAGAAACCAAAAGAUAUUCAGAAGCCAAACCUGGGUAAAGUAAUGGGGGAAACUACUGAAGACUUUACUGAAGAGUUUCUGCCAGAUUUUGCUCAAACUUCAACAGAGUAUGAGCCUAUAUUGGGCUUUGCAGAGGCUAGUUUCCCGACUGUACUUUCAGAUGUUCCUGCUGUAAGAGUAACAAGAACAGAACAGCAUAUUACAGUAUCAGAAAGUAGGGAGGAUACAGAACAGUCAGAUCUGCCACAGUUGGAAAUUACUGAAAUUGAAGAAGAAGUUGAAAGUCCUGCCACAGAAUGCAAAAUUACUUUCCCAAGCACCCACCGUGGUUCUUUAAUCGACAUCUCGGCUCCAGCUGAUGUGGAUAUAGUCCCACUUGCAGUAACUGAAACAGAAGAGACUCACACCAAAACACAGGAAAAAGACCUACAAGACAUGCUUUCAGAAUGCAUUCUUGAACCAAUCCCACAAACAUUAACAUGUAAGGCUGUGGAAUCAAAAGUUGAGUAUAACAGGGCUUCAGUAUCAGAGACACUUACAUUUAUAGGUCCAUCUCCUACAAGGUCUACAAAGUCACAAACAAUUCUAGUAGAAGAGGAUGAUGAACAUACUUAUACACAAACACCUACAGCUCCUGAGAAAAAUCAGCAAAAAUCUGAAACUGUGCAUAUCACUGACAUAACUACCACUGAAACAACUACCAAACCAAUUCACAAACACGUUACUGUACAUGAACUUAAUACUCAACAGGAACAAGAGUCCACUAAUAUUAUACCUACUUUUGCACCUUCCAUAGAAUCUACAGAAAAAGAGCAAACGAUAACAAUAAAAGAGGAAACUACAGGGACAGAUGAAAUUUUGCUUGAACAAACAUCAAUGUUUGAAAACCAGGAACCUAAGCCUGAACAGGCAAAAACACUUAUUAUGGAAGAUGUUAAGGAUUCAGUGACAGUGACUGAAAAACUGAGUGAAGAACAGCCAGCCCCAUGGCAUCGUGGAGAAAAGAUUCACCUGAAGAAGCAGAUCAGUAUUACACCAGAUGUUGUGGCUUCUGAAUCUAUACAGGUCACUGAUACAAAAACUGAAGAUACAUACAUUACCUUACAGACAGAAAAAGGAGAAGAAGUUACUGCUACAAUCACUGAAGAGCUUAAGGAUUCAGUUACUGUUACAGAAAAGAUCCCUGAAGAACAGCCUAUGCCAUGGAAAAGAGGGGAGAAGAUACCAUUCAGGACUGAAAAUAUCAAACCAGAACUGGUUUCUUUAGAACCACUUCAGGUUACUGAUACGAAAGCUGAAGAUACAUAUGUUGCCCUGAAAACUGAGAGAGGAGAACAAGUAAAGGCAACAGUCACAAAAGAACUCAAAGAUUCCUUGACUGUGAUGGAAAAUAUCCCUCAAGAACAGCCAAUGGCAUGGCAAAAGGGUGAAAAAAUUCCAUUUAAGACUGAGAACAUAAAACCUGAGUUAGUGUCCUCUGAGCCUCUUCAAGUUACUGAUACAAAAGUUGAAGAUACUUAUGUACACCUACAACCAGAAAAAGCUACAAAAGUAAAGGCCACAGUUACUGAAGAUUUAAAGGACUCUUUGACUGUGACAGAAAAAAUCCCAGAAGAACAGCCACUGGCAUGGCAAAAGGGUGAGAAAAUUCCCUUCAAAACUGAAAGCAUAAAACCUGAGUUAGUUUCUUCUGAAUCUCUUCAGGUUACUGAUACUAAAGUUGAAGAUAGUUAUGUAAACCUAAAGCCAGAGAAAGGUGAGCCAGUAAAAGCCACAAUAUCAGAAGAUUUGAGGGAUUCACUGACUGUGACAGAAAAGAUUGCAGAAGAACAACCAAUGUCUUGGAGUAGGGGUGAGAAAGUUCCCUUUAAAACUGAGAGCAUAAAACCUGAGUUGGUUUCCUCAGAAUCUCUCCAGGUUACUGAUACUAAAGUUGAAGAUACCUACAUGCAUCUUCAGCCAGAAAAGAGUGAGCAAGUAAAAGCUACAAUAAUGGAAGAUCUAAAGGACUCACUUACUAUAACAGAAAAGAUCCCAGAAGAACAACCAACUCCAUGGAGAAGAGGGGAAAAGAUGCCACUGAGAACUGAAAGCAUCAGGCCUGAAUUAGUUUCAUCAGAAUCAUUGCAAGUAACUGAUACUAAAACUGUAGAUUCAUGUGAAACUUUCCAGAGUGAAAAGGGGGAGGAAGCAAGAGCCACUGUAACUAAGGACCUAAAAGAUUCUUUGACAGUUACAGAAAGGCUUCCUGAAGAACAACCUUCACCCCUGAAAAGGCCUCCAAGAGUAACAGCUGAUUUAGCUCAGCACAAGUUAAUGGUAAUGGAACAUGAUUCACUUUCUGUUACUGAAAUAUAUGCCAAGGAAGGUGGCACUCAGUUUGAAACUGAAAAGGCAAAUGUAGAGACAGCUGUAGGUAAGCUGGAGCCACUUGAAGCACUUACUACAACAGAUCACAGAAGUGAGGAAAUUAUUUCUCAGCUCUCAGACUUAAUGAAACAGACACAAAAGGCAACAGUCAUGGAACAAGAUACUAAACAAACAAUUCAGGUAACAGAACAAAUUCCUCAUGAAAGUAUUGCAGAUCUGAAGAAGGAAAAACACAUAUUUGAGAGCCUUAAGUGUGGCCUCUCUGGACAGAAUGCUCCACAAGUUGAAGAGAUUAUAGUGCAUGAUGCAGAAGAAAAGUAUGAGUCUCAAUCUCCUAAGACAGCAAUGACAAAACAGACAACAGUUACUAAACAGUCAGAAGCUGUUAUUAUUGCUGAACCAAAACUGGAGGAGGACACUGUUCAGUGGGAAAAGCAUGCAGAAAAACUAGAACAGGCAAAGCCCAACAUAUUAGAGCAAAAGUAUAUUCAAAUAUCUGAAAUAUUUAAGGCUGAUAAGGAGGAUGUUCUUCCUGCACAAGCACCAUUACAACAGCAAGGUAGAAUGACAGAAAUGCAACCUCUGGAAGCUCUUACCAUACAAGGUCAUGAUGUUCAGGAAGAUGCUGCAUCAUGGAAGUCUCGUAUAGACAAGGAGCAAACUGCACGGGCAUCCAUCCUGGAAAAAAUGUCUGUUAAUGUUAUGGAAACACAACAACAUGAUUCAUUUAAAGAAUAUAAACCAGAAAAACCAAUUGAAGUGCAAGCUACACAAAUGGAAGGUAGACAAGAAGCUAUAGCUGUUUCAGAAACAAAAGCAGAAUCUCCUAUAAGAGAACUUCCAAAGGAAAGCAAAAUAGAACAUCAUGCAUCUCUUAUUCAUUCCAAGAAAUCAUCUCUUGUUGUUUCUGCAUCAGAUGUCCAAGAGAGUGAAGCUCCCCUGAAGAUUCGGAAGCCAGUGGAAGCACAGGCAGAUAAAUUAGAUAUAAAUACUUUCCAUUCUGUCAUUGUUGCUGAUACUGAAGUUCAGUCUCCUGUGGACAUUCUAAGUAAACCUAUAUUGCCUACAGGAAAAGCAAAAACAAGCUUUAUUCCUCAAAAGGCACUUGAAAUUCUUGAAUCUCAUACUCACCAGAAAGAAAAGGACUUCCAGCCUAGCAAGCCUGAAGACUUGGUUAUUCAGGGUAAGGUUGAAUGCAGUGACAAUUUCCUUGAAGUACAAGAAACAAAAGCUCAGUCUCCAUUAAGGGAAUUAAAAGAGGCCAAACCUGUCACAGAUAUGGCAAGCACAUCUGUUGUCCCUCAAAAGUCUGUGAAAGUUUCAGAAGUGUCAGUGAGUUUUAAAGAAGAGGAAUUCAAGGAGAUCCCAAGAUACUCUCAUACAGCAACAGAAGAGCAAAUACCUGGCCAUCUUCCAUUGGAAAUAACUCAAAGCACCAUUCAAGAUACUAUUAAAGAUUUUACAACCAGUAUUCCAAAAGGAGAAUCAGCAUCAGUAGAUCUGAAGAGCUUUCAUGCAGCAUCUGUCAUGGAGAUCCAUGCAGCCCAGGCUGAAGAAAAAUAUAAUCCUUCUCAGCAUCCAACAACUACUGCUAAAACACAUUUGGUAGAAGGUAUGCAGCCUAUUAUUACAGAAGAAAUUUGUGCAUCAUCUUCAGUUAUAGACUUUGAUGUUCCUGAUAAACCAAAAUCUAAAGAAGCAACAAAGAGUUUUGAAGAACAAAAGGCAAUAACUAUUACUGAGACUGGAAUGCAUGAAAAAGAAGAGUCACUUAUGGAAAAGAAGCCUGUUGAAUUACAUUUAAAAUCUAAAAUAAAUGGAGGGCUUGAGCCUCUCCUUAUCACUGAAGUGGAAAGUGAGGAAACUAUUGGCAAAGUAGUUCCUAAAACAAUGCCUGAAAAAGAAAGUGCAAAAAUUGAACUUACUCAUGCAGCUAAGGUGGCUCUUUCAUCUGGUGUACUAAUAAAUGAAUGCGAAGGAUGGCAUGAAGAUGAAAAACCAGAAGCACAGAAGGCAGAAGGGAUCAUGAGCACAGGGGAGGCUAUUACUGUACUCGAAACACUUCCACAGUCUCUGGCCGAGGAACUUCCUGUUGCUCCCAAGCCAAAAACUGAAGAAGUAAUGGGAUCUUUAAUUCCAUCAAAAACUGUGUCAGUCUCAGAGGUUAUUUUGCAUGAAAAAGAAGGAGUACAUGAAGCAGACAAGUUCCCUACUAUUUCUUUACCCAGUCAGACACAAGCACCAAAUAUCCCAUUAGUUGUACAAGAGACUCAUACAGAUUCAAGUUUGUCUGAACUGGCUCAGCAGAAAAUGUUGCCAUCACAGUCAGCUUCAGUAUCUCUUACUGCUCAUGUCACUGCUUCUUCUACAGCUGUAGGUGUUAGUGAGAAAGAAGGUGUAUAUAAAAAAGAGAAACCAAUAGAAGAUCUUGCAAAUGUUGAAUAUGAAAGUGGAAAAGUCUCCAUUCAAGUAAGCGAAACAAGAGCAGAAUCACCAGUGAAAGAUUUUAAGGAUAUUAAGCCAGAGAAUGCACAGGCAAGGCCAGAUAUCAUACCUCAGAAGGCUAUUGCUGUAUCUGAAAUGGAAUCUAAAGAAAAAGAAGGAACUCUUGAAAUUAAGAAGCCAUCAACAAUUUCACUGAAGUCUGAUAUCACGCAGCCUUUGCAUUCACUGACUGUAUCUGAAAUCAGUGCAGAAAGUAAUAUUCAUAUGUUAGAUGUAGAUAAGAUCAAUGAAGAACAGGCUAAGACAAGUCAUAUUCCACACCAUGCGACUGCAGUUAGUGAACCAUUUGUGCAUCAGAAAGAACAGGAUUAUACCCAGCCGAAACCACUUUCUGCUGAACCAAAGGAAUCAUGUGCUCCUGGUCAUGAAUCAGUUCAAAUAACAGAAACAAGAGCAGAGUCCCCCAUUACAGACAGAGAUGAAAAAGAAACUCUAAAAAGCAAAGCUAAAAGUCAAGUCAUCCCACAAGACACAGUACAGGUACAUGAAGUAAGGGUUCAUGAAUCUGAAGGAGACUUUAAAUUAAGUAAGCCAGAGGAAUCAGUUGGUAUAGUAAAUCGCACCCCGGGCCAUAUAGUUGCAAUUUCUACAAAUGUUGAAUUAUCUGAAAGCAUCCAGAAAAUGGAAGAUGCAGGGAAAUUGGAAGGUAAAACUGCAAAAAUGACCAUAAGUCCACAGCAAGCUGCAGAAGUUAUACAACAUGACGUGAGUGAGGCAGGAAAAGUGUUAAAAGAAGUGAAACCAGAAGAAAAGAAAGCAUUGCCAAAUAUAGAAGAAAUGCAAUCUGUGUCGGUUAUGGAAAUAAGUGCAGAAACCAAGGAACAAAAUUAUGACAUUAAAGAAUUACCAUCAGUGCAUAAUGUUGAAGCCAAACCAGUUAUUACUCCCCUUCACCUUGCUCAUGUUAACCAUCCUGAGGUAGCAGAGCAGGAGGGGGUUGUCCCUACAUUUGACACCACUGGUACUAGUCAUGCAAAACUUGAAUUUACACCACACACUUCAAAAUUAGUGAUUCAGCAACAACCUAAUAUACUUACAGGCAUAUUAAAAUCAGAACAACCUAUUCAUGCCUCAGGCAAGGUGGUAAUGGAGCCAGCUGCCCAUGUCUCAGGUUCAGAAGAAGUUGUUAUUGAAACAAUUGAGGAAACAGCAUCUAAAGCCACACCACAAGCUAUGCAGGCUCAUCGUCUUCUAGAUACACAGCAAACUAUUUCUGUUAUGCAAGUCUCUGCUUUUAAUCAAGCAGAGGCAAUGGGUAAAGUUGCUACGCCAAUAGCAGCAACAGCAAAGACUGUCCAGACAACUCAACAAAGCAUUAAUGUGCAUGAAGCUGAUCUAAGAGAAUCAUCAUCUAGUGUCACUCCUGAAAAAACUACAGAACAAAAAGCGACUGCUGUCUUUGAUCAAAGAGAACAUGUUACAGUUUCUGAAGUAAAGUCAGAUGAACUUCCAGCUGAAAUGAAGCAUGUGAGGCUUGAAGGUAAAGCUUUACCUGUAGUAAAGCCUCAUGAAACUGUCACUGUCUCAUCUGUUACUGUAGCAGAAAAUUAUGAAGAGUCAAAGCACCCAAUACCACGAAUGGAACAGGCUCAGCCUAUUGCAAUGCCUCAGGAUUAUGUCUCAGUUGAGGAAACUAAAGUUCAUGAGAGUUCAGGAGAAAUAAAAAUCAAGCAGCCAACAGAAGAAAGAGCUACAACUUCUGUAUCAAAGCGUGAAUCUGUCAUGAUUUCUGAGGUAAAGACAGAGGAAAAACCAGUAUCUAUAAGAGAAAGAAGACCUUCCCAGGAAAGAGCUAAGCCAGCUGUUGUGAAGCAAGAACAUGUAAUUGUAUCAGAGACAUCAACAGCUGAAGCACCUGGAUUUGUAAAACAUCGCAGACCUUCUGAAGACAGAGCUAAAACAAUUCUUUCCCAAAAACAGUCAGUUAUUGUUUCAGAAGUUCAGUCAGAAGAAGCUCCUAAAUCUACAAAGCAAAGAACUCCAUCACAAGAAAGGGCAAGACAAGUAAUGUCAGAAAAGGAAUCUUUUGUUGUUCAAGAGGUUAAAGUACAUGAACUUCCAAAAGAUCUUCCAAAGGCCAAACCCAAGGAGGAUAAGGCUAAGAAGGUUAUUCCUCAACAGGAAUCCAUCUCAGUUCAAGAGACGCAAGUUGAGGUACACACAGGAGAUAUUUCACAUGUAAAGCCAAAAGAAGAAAAAGCAAAGAAGAUAUUUGAAAAGCGUUCUUCAGUGGCUGUAUCCGAAGUCUCUAGUCAUGAAAUGGCUGUAAAGAUGCCUGAUUAUAUGCCUCAGAAGACUGAGUCUGCAAAAACAAAAAUGGACCAUAUGGAAGUUGUAAGUAUUUCUGAAGUAACUCCUGAUGAAGCUCCUCACAUUGUACCCAAAGAGAAAAGAAGAACAGAAACUGCUACUAUGAUUCUUCCUGAAAUGAAGGAGACAAUACAGAUCACAGAAGUCUCUACCGAGGAAACACCACACAGUGUAGUUCAUGCUAAGAAGAAUGAACAGUAUGCACAGGUAGUCCUUAAACCAACAGAAUCAAUAAGUGUUUCUCAUACACAAGUACAUGAAUCUACUGAUGAAGUGCGGAAGUUAAAGCAUGUGGAAGAAAGGGCUCAGACCAUCCUUCCUCAACAAGAUUCAAUUACAGUUCAAGAGAUAAAUGUAAAGGAAGAACCAGAAGAAGUAAGGGAACACAGACCUAAAACUGAAACAGCAAAAUCUAUACUUUCACCUCGACAAUCAAUUGCAGUGGAAGAGAUAACUGUGAAGGAAAGUCCUGGGUCAGUAUCAGAAGUUAAGCCAAAAACUCAACAAGCUACAUCGGUUCUCUCAGAACAUGAAUCCAUCACUGUCCUGGAAGUUAAUAUUAAAGAAUCUCCUGGUAAUAUAAAGGAUAUAAAGCCAAAAACAGGAACAGCAGAGACUAUCUUUACAACUCAAGAUUCUAUUGCUGUUCAAGAAGUUUCAGUGAAGGAGGCACCUGGUUCUGUUAAAGAUGUAAAACCCAAGACAGAACUGGCUACUGCCAUCAUUUCCCCCCAUGAAUCAUUGACAGUUCAAGAAGUAUCUGUUAAAGAAGCGCCAGGUGAUAUGAAAGAAUCAAAACCAAAGCAUGAACAAGCCUCUUCAGUUUUAACUCCUCUGGAAUCCAUCAAUGUUCAUGAGGUUUCAGUGAAGGAUGCUACAGGAUCUUUGAAAGAUUUACUAAUAAGUACAGAGCAAGCUUUAGCCAAGAUAUCUCCUCAUGAAUCAAUAACAGUUGAGGAGGUUUCCAUUAGGGAAGCUCCUGGCUCAGUGAAAGAUGCAAAACCUAGGACAGAAAUGGCAACAUCAAUAAUUUCUCCUCAUGAGUCUAUCACUGUACAAGAGGUAUCUGUGAAGGAUGCUCCUGGAGAGGUCAAGGACAAAAAGCCAAAGCAUGAGCAGGCUUUAUCUGUGCUCUCUCAACAAGAAUCCAUUAGUGUACAUGAGGUAUCUGUAAAAGAUGCCCCAGGAACCUUGAAGGAUUUGAAACUAAGCCCAGAACAAGCCUCAUCUAUCAUUUCUCCACAUGAAUCAAUUACCGUUCAAGAAGUUUCUGUGAAAGAAGCUCCUGGUUCUAUGAGAGAUGCAAAGCCUAAGACAGAAAUGGCAACUUCAAUCAUUUCUCCUCAUGAAUCAAUCACUGUACAAGAGGUAUCUGUGAAGGACGCUCCAGGAGAAGUAAAAGAGAAAAAACCAAAGCAUGAGCAGGCUUUAUCUGUGCUCUCUCAGCAAGAGUCCAUCAGUGUACAUGAGGUAUCUGUAAAAGAUGCUCCAGGAACCUUGAAGGAUUUGAAACUAAGUCCAGAGCAAGCUUCAUCUAUUAUUUCUCCUCAUGAGUCCAUUACAGUAGAAGAAGUUUCUGUGAGAGAAGCUCCUGGUUCUAUGAGUGAUGCAAAGCCCAAGACAGAAAUGGCAACUUCAAUCAUUUCUCCUCAUGAAUCAAUCACUGUACAAGAGGUAUCUGUGAAGGACGCUCCAGGAAAAAAUUUAUCUGUGCUCUCUCAGCAAGAGUCCAUUAGUGUCCAUGAGGUAUCUGUGAAAGAUGCUCCAGGAACCUUGAAGGAUUUGAAACUAAGUCCAGAACAAGCUUCAUCUAUUAUUUCUCCUCAUGAGUCCAUCACAGUAGAGGAGGUUUCUGUGAAAGAAGCUCCUGGUUCUAUGAGUGAUGCAAAGCCCAAGACAGAAAUGGCAACUUCAAUUAUUUCUCCUCAUGAGUCAAUCACUGUACAAGAGAUAUCUGUGAAAGAUGCUCCAGGAGAGGUCAAGGACAAAAAGCCAAAGCAUGAGCAGGCUUUAUCUGUGCUCUCUCAACAAGAAUCCAUUAGUGUACAUGAGGUAUCUGUAAAAGAUGCCCCAGGAACCUUGAAGGAUUUGAAACUCAGUCCAGAACAAGCUUCAUCUAUUAUUUCUCCUCAUGAGUCCAUUACAGUAGAAGAGGUUUCUGUGAAGGAAGCUCCUGGUUCUAUGAGUGAUGCAAAGCCUAAGACAGAAAUAGCAACUUCAAUUAUCUCUCCUCAUGAGUCAAUCACUGUACAAGAGGUAUCUGUGAGAGAUGCUCCAGGAGAGGUAAAGGACAAAAAACCAAAGCAUGAGCAAGCUUUAUCUGUGCUCUCUCAGCAGGAGUCCAUUAGUGUGCAUGAGGUAUCUGUAAAAGAUGCUCCAGGAACCUUGAAGGAUUUGAAACUAAGUCCAGAACAAGCUUCAUCUAUUAUUUCUCCUCAUGAGUCCAUUACAGUAGAAGAGGUUUCUGUGAAGGAAGCUCCUGGUUCUAUGAGUGAUGCAAAGCCUAAGACAGAAAUGGCAACUUCAAUUAUUUCUCCUCAUGAGUCUAUCACUGUACAAGAGGUAUCUGUGAAGGACGCUCCAGGAGAAGUAAAAGAGAAAAAACCAAAGCAUGAGCAGGCUUUAUCAGUGCUCUCUCAGCAGGAGUCCAUCAGCGUGCAUGAGGUAUCUGUGAAAGAUGCCCCAGGAUCUUUGAAGGAUUUGAAGCUCAGCCCAGAACAAGCUUCUUCUGUUAUUUCUCCUCAUGAAUCAAUUACAGUUGAAGAAGUUUCUGUGAAAGAAGCACCUGGCUCAGUUAAGGAUGUAAAACCAAAGACUGAAAUGGCUACCUCCAUCAUAUCUCCUCAUGAAUCUAUAACAGUAGAGGAGGUAACUGUGAAAGAUGCCCCAGGAGAAAUGAAAGACAAGAGAUUGAAGCAUGAGCAAGCCACUUCAGUCUUUUCUCCACAAGAGUCAAUUAGUGUCCAUGAAGUAUCAGUAAAAGAUGCACCAGGAUCCAUGAAAGAUUUCAAACUGAAAACAGAACAAGCUUCAUCAGUAAUAUCUCCACAUGAAUCUGUCACAGUGGAAGAAGUAUCCGUAAAAGGGGCAUCAGCAGAUUUCAGUGAUAAGAAACCACAGUCUGAGACUGCAACCUCAGUAUUCUCUCCACAGGAGUCUAUUGCUGUCCAUGAGGUGUCAGUGAAGGAUGCCCCAGGUUCUUUGAAAGAUCUAAAAUUCAGAACAGAACAGGCAUCCUCUGUCAUAUCUCCACAUGAGUCUGUCACAGUUCAAGAGGUGUCUGUAAAGGAAACAUUUACUGAUAUUACAGACAAAAAACCAAAAACUGAAACAGCAACAUCACUAUUGUCAACAAAGGAAUCUAUAGCCAUUCAUGAAGUUUCAGUAAGGGAUGCACCGGGUUCAAUGAAAGAUUUAAAACUGAAGACUGAACAAGCAACAUCCAGCAUAUCUCCUCAUGAGUCCCUUACUGUAGAAGAAGUGUCUGUAAAAGAGGCAUCAGCAGACCUCAGUCAACAAAAGCCAAAAACAGAAAAAGCCACAUCAAUUCUUUCUCCUCAGGAAUCAAUUUCUAUCCAAGAAGUAUCUGUUGGAGAUGCUACAGGAUCUAUGGCAGAUAUUAAACCAAAAACUGAACAAGCAACAUCUAGUAUUUCUCCCCAUGAAUCAAUCACAGUAGAAGAAGUAACAGUGAAGGAAGCUCCAGGAGAUGUAAGUGAUAAAAAGCCAAAGACGGAGAAAGCUACUUCAAUAUUCUCACCACAAGAAUCCAUUGCUGUUCAUGAAGUGUCUGUUAAGGAUACCACAGGCUCAAUGAAAGACUUAAAACUGAAAAAAGAACAAGCUUCAUCAGUAAUUUCUCCUCAUGAAUCACUUACCAUAGAAGAAGUAUCAGUGAAGGAAACAUCUAAAGAGCUUAGUGACGAAAAACCAAAAACAGAACUGGCAACCUCAAUCUUUUCUCCUCAAGAAUCUAUUGCCAUUCAUGAAGUAUCUGUGAAGGAUGCUCCAGGAUCCCUUAAAAAUUUAAAAUUCAAGACAGAACAAGCUUCAUCUGUCCUUUCUCCUCAUGAGUCUCUUACAAUUGAAGAAGUAUCUGUGAAAGAAGCAUCAGGAGAUCUGAGUGAUAAAAAACCAAAGACAGAAGUAGCAACAUCUAUAUUCUCUCCUCAGGAAUCUAUUUCUGUCCAUGAAGUAUCUGUAAAAGAUGCUCCAAGUUCUAUGAAAGAUCUGAAACUGCAAACAGAGAAAGCAUCUUCUGUCAUAGCUCCUCAUGAGUCUGUUACAGUUGAAGAGGUAUCUGUCAAAGAAACAUCUGGAGACAUUAGUGAGACAAAACCAAAAACAGAAACAGCAACUUCAAUUUUCUCUACUCAAGAAUCUAUUGCCAUUCAAGAGAUUUCUGUGAAAGAAGCCCCAAUGGACAUUACUGCUAAACUGCCCAAAACUGAAAAAGCCACUUCUACAUUUACACCUCAGGAAUCUAUUGCUAUUCAUGAGGUGUCUGUGAAAGAUGCCCCAGGAUCAAUGAAAGAUUUGAAAUUCAAAACUGAACAAGCAUCAUCUACAAUUGCUCCUCAUGAAUCUGUUACAGUUGAAGAAGUGUCUGUUAAAGAAACAUCUGGAGAUAUUGAAGAGAAGAAACCUAAAACGGAAAAAGCUACUUCUAUUCUUUCUCAACAGGAAUCCAUUAGUGUACAUGAAAUUUCUGUUAAAGAUGCUCCAGGUUCCAUGAAGGACUUAAAGCCAAUUACAGAGAAAGCAUCAGCUACUAUUGCACCACACGAAUCAGUAACAAUUGAAGAGGUUUCAGUUAAGGAAGCAUCACAAGACCUGGACAGCCUAAGGCCAAAACCAGAACUUGCAAAAUCUGUUUUGUCACCAAAAGAAUCAAUAGCAGUUCAGGAAAUUUCAGUAAAGGAGGCACCAGGGGACAUAGAGACUUUGAAGCCCAAAUCAGAAAAAGCACGAGUCACUGUAACAAAGAAAGAUUCCCUUCAGGUUCUAGAAGUUGCGUCUGAGCUCGCUCCAGACACCAUACCAGAGAGUCACAUGAUUGGAGACAAGGCAAAGGUUAUUGUCACAGAGGAUCUCCAACGUGCAGAUCAGGAAGAUGUUAUUGUGUUACGAGGUCCAAAGAAAGAAAAGAAGGUCAUUGAAGUAGUGGAGGAAUCAGAUGAAGAAGUUCCAGUUAUAAAGAAAGAAAAGAAGGGAGAAACAAUUGAGGAAAAAAUAAGUGAACCAGAAGAAGAGACAGAAGAAGUUACUGAAGAAGUAGAAGUUAAGAUGAAGCCAAAGACAAAGCCAAAGAUCCAGACUGAAGAGACUGAAGAAGUUGUUCUUAAGAAACCUGAGGAGAAAAUACUUGAAGAAACCACAGAAGAUGUACAAGUAAAAAUCAAACCAAAGAAAGAGCCUAAAAUAGAGGAAGAACAAAUUUCUGAGGAAGUAACAAUAAAGAAACCUGAGAAAAAGGAAGAGAUCAUUGAGGAAGUCUCAGAAGAUGUAACGAUUAAAAAGAAACCAAAGAAGAAGCCUGAAUUAAAGGAAGCUACAGAAGAGGUAACACUCAAGAAACCAGAAAAGAAGCCUGAAGAAAAAGUUGUUGAAGAAGUUACAGAAGAGGUGCAAGUUCAGAUGAAAUCCAAGAAAAAGCCUGAAGUCAAGACUGAAGAGAUUGCUGAGGAAGUGACACUGAAAAAGCCAGAGGAGAAACCUGAAGAAAAGGUUAUUGAAGAAGUCACUGAAGAGGUGCAGAUCAAGAUGAAGCCAAAGAAGAAGCCUGAAGUCAAGACCGAAGAGAUUGCUGAAGAAGUGACACUGAAGAAACCUGAGGAGAAACCUGAAGAAAAGGUUGUUGAAGAAGUUACUGAAGAGGUGGAGAUCAAGAGGAAGCCAAAGAAGAAGCCUGAGUUAAGAGAAGAGGAAAAGGUUGUUGAAGAAGUUACUGAAGAGGUGAGAUCAAAUAAGCAAAGAGAACUGGACCAAAGAAGAGGUUUCACAAGAGCAAUCAACAAAGAAAAGGUAGUUGAGGAUAUUACAGAAGAAGUGAAAAUAAAAAUGAAACCAAAGACAGAAUAUGAGGAAAUAUCUGAAGAGGUGACAAUCAAGAGAAAGCCUCAAGAAAAGGUGGAAGUAGUGACUGAAGAUGUGCUCAUUAAGAUGAAGCCUAAACAACCAGAGACGUUUGAGGAUGUAUCUGAAGAACUUACAAUAAGGAAGGAUGAGCCCAUAGAAAAAGUAGCAGAAGAAGUGACUGAGGAUGUGCAUAUUAAAUUCAAACCUAAAAAGAAGGAACCCAAAAAGCACGUAGAGGAAGUAAAUGAAGAAAUUACAAUAAUCAAAGAACAGGAACCAUCUGAGGAAGUACAGGAGGAGGAUGUUGAAGAAGUUCAGAUUAUACGAAAACCUAAAAGAAAGGCUAUUGUCAAAGAGGAAAUAUCUGAGGAAUUUGUCAUCCAGAAACCUCAAAAAACAGAAGAGCCAGCUGAAGAAGUUACGGAAGAAUUCAAGGUUAAGAGACCUAAGCCAAAGAAGCCAGAGGAUGUCUCAGAAGAAUUUGUAAUGAAGGAGGAAUCACCAGAACCAACUGUGGCUGAGGAAAUAACUGAGGAAGUUAGUAUCAAAAUGAAACCGAAGAAGAAGAAGCCAUUCAUAACAGAGGAAAUAAGUGAGGCUGUGACUCUUAAAAAACCAAGGGACAAAGAAGAAGAACCAGAAGAAGUAAGUGAAUCUGUUGUUCUGAAGAGAAAAGAAAAACCGUUUGUGAGAGAGACUCAGGAGAUUUCUCAAGAGGUUGAAAUGAAGCUGAGGGAAGGUGAAAACUUUACCCAGGAGGAAACUACAGAAGAUGUAAGCAUUAAAAUGAAGCGGCCAAAAAAGAAAUAUUCUGUGACUGAAGAGACAAUUGAAUCCAAGAUGAUGAUCCAGGAGUCUGAUGAUGAGGAACCUGAAAUAAUUUACCAAGAAUUAGAUGAAGUUGAAGUAAUGCAGCAGUUGAUUGAUGAUGAAUCUGAGAUUGCUGAGGAGACUGUAGCAUUUAGAAAGCCUAAGAAGAAGGUCAUUGUAAAAGAUGAAGGUGAAGAGACAGUAACAAUCAAAAAGAAAAGAGUCGUUAAGAAAGAUGAUGAAACUGAUGCUCAAGUUACUCUUAAAGAACCAAAAUCACCUGAGGAGAUCCAAGAAUCUUUCCAGUUAAGACUUCCAAGAAAGAAGAAGUAUGUAGUUGAAGAAGAAGAGGAAGUUGAGGUAGGUGUAAAGCUUAGGAAAGAGCCAGAGUACCCAGAGUAUGAAAUUGGGGAAGAUGUACAGGAAACCUUUAAGAUUAGAGCUCGUGAACCAGAUGUCACUGAGGAAGAGGUUGAACAGUUCGAAGAUGUUGAGGGUGAGUUCACCUUUGGCCUACCACGCAAAGAAAAGCCAAGGUUAACAGAGGAAAUUGAAACUACUCAAAAGAUCAAGCUCCCUCCCCUACCCAAACAACCUCCUCUCUUCACCCAAGAGGAUGUCCAAAUGCAAAUUCAGAUUGCCCAGCAGACCCCCACAGAAGCAUAUGAACUUGCUCCACCUCUGCAAGUGAAGUUCAAUGACCAGCUGCGUGCUACCGCAACUUACGUGUGUGAGACAGACCAGCAGAAUGCCAUGCACCUCGUUGAGGGUGAGCGAGUCUAUGUGCAAGAAUCAACCAACAGUGACUGGUGGUUUGUCAAGAAACAUUUGACUUUGGAGCAAGGUUACGUUCCUGCUAAGCUUCUGGCAGAAGAGACCUCUUACACCCACUAUGUCCAGCAGAAACUAGCAGAAAAGAUCAGCAAGCUCCCUGUGUUUGACAAACUGAAGAAGGGCCAAAAGGCAGAACCACCUACAAUAGUGACGAAAAUCCAGCCAUCAGUAAUAGCUGAUGGAAAAGAAGCUCAGUUUGUCUGCAAGGUCCAGGGUACUCCACGACCUACUAUUACCUGGUUCAGACAGACUGCUAUUAUUAAGCCAUCUGAUGAGUUCCAGGUGUUCUACUCUGAUGACAACACCGCUACACUGGUCAUAAAGGAAGUAUUCCCUGAGGAUGCUGGUAUGUUCACCUGUGUGGCCAAAAAUGAAUUUGGCUACUCUUCUUGUAGUGCUGAGCUUGUUGUGGAAGGUCCUAUCAGUGACCAUGGCAGUGAGUCCAUGAUGGCCUCUCGCCGUAGCCUGAGCAGAGAAUCUUCUGUCUGUGAUUACCUGGAGGGCAUUCCACCAACAUUUGCAGAUAAGCCAAAGGUCAAAACAGUUGAGGAAGGAGCUCAACUUGAAAUGGAUGUCCGUCUUGUGGCCAUCCCAGAACCUGAGAUUACAUGGAAGAAGAAUGGACAGGUUAUCAAGGAUUCUCAGCACCUACGCAUUGUGAAGCAGAAGGAUGUUCAUGCAUAUCGUUCUAUCAUUAUCAUCAAGGGAGUGAAGAAAGAGGAUGAAGGACAAUACGAGGUCAUUGUCAAGAACCGUGAAGGAGAAGCCAGGAAUCAAAUUACACUUAAAGUUACUGCACCUCAGGCUCCUGCCUUCCAAGAGAAGUUUGGAGACCAGACUGUAGAGGCUGAGGGAACAAUUCGACUUGUUGCAAAGAUUCGUGGUGUCCCAGCACCUGAUGUUACCUGGAGCAGUACCUUCAAACGUGGUUUGGAGUCAUGUGUUGUUGAUGAGAACUCUGAGGUUAUACUGGAGUGCCGUACCUCUAAGGAAAAACAGUGCACUUGGUACAAGGGUAACACUGAACUCAAGAGCAGUAAGACCAUGCACAUUGAGCAAGAAGGUCUUACUCAUCGUUUGGUCAUCCAGUCAGCUACUAUGGGUGAUUCCGGCAAAUACAGCUGCAAAUUUGACAACCAGUCUACUUUCUGUAACCUUACUGUGAAAGGUGUUGAUGACUUUGUUGAGAGGAUCCAAGAUGUUGAGGUCCAGGAAAGAGAACAAGCCAUCCUGCAGGUCGAAGUCAGCAGUGAGAAGGCCACUGUUACCUGGCACAAGGAUGGUGAGGAGAUCACAAGCAAGACAAAUCGCUUUAAACUGGUCAGUGAAGGCAAGAAGAGGAAGCUGAUUCUUACAAGUGCCACCUUGGCUGAUGAGGGUGAAUACACUUGUGUCCUGGGUGACCAGGAAUGUACUGCUGAGCUCACUGUACGAGAACUGCCUGCUGAAAUUGUUAAAAAGAUGAAGGACCAAGUGGUCUCAAAGGGCAACAGAGCCACCAUGGAGGUUGAACUUACAAAGGGUGAUGCUGUCAUUACCUGGUAUAAGGAUGGUCAGGAAAUUCGCUUCUCUGAUCAUUACCAACUCUCCAUUGAUGGCAAGAUCCAGAGGCUAAUGGUGUAUAACUGUCAACUUGAAGACAGUGGAGUUUACCGUGCUGUUGUGGGCAAGAGUGAAUGUUCUGCCUCACUUAAGGUUGAGCUGCAAGCAGAGGGAGACUUCUCUAAGAAAUUACCAGCACAGAUGGAUGUUAAUUACAAAGCAGAUGCUACAUUUGUGGUUGAAAUCACAAAGGAAUAUGAUGUUAAGUGGUACAGAAAUACUGAAGCGAUUAUAAGCUCUGACAAAUACAUCAUGAAGAAGGAAGGCAUGAAGAGAAUCUUAAUUGUUAAGAGUGUGACUCAAGCUGAUGCCUUUGAGUAUUCCUGCAUCCUUGGAAGCCUCAAGACAUCUUGCAAACUUAAUGUUGUCUUGAUGGAAACUGCUCCAAAGAUCGAGAAGCUGCACCAGAAGGCUGAAAUUGUUGUUACAAAGGGAAAAGAUGCUACUCUUACUGUGCCUUUUACUGCUACUCCAGUUCCCAAGAUUUCCUUGUACUACAAGGGUCAGCUUGUAGAAACUGCAAAGUCCCAUAAGAUCCUGCCAGCUAUAUCUGAGAAUGUGGCCAAUAUUACUAUAAAACAGGUAGAAAAUAUUGACUGUGGAGAGUAUAAGCUCAAGUUGAGCAAUGACUGUGGAGAUGCUUAUGCAGAGUUCACUGUUAAGAUCCUUGAUAAGCCAUCCUCACCUGGUUGUCCUGAGCCAAUGAAAGUUACCAAUGAUUCUGUAACCUUGCACUGGACCAUACCUCAGGAGGAUGGUGGACGAGUUAUUAUCAAUUACAUAAUUGAAUACAGGACCAAGAGAGAGGAGAAAUGGAUUGUGUAUAACAAAGACUAUAAGGUUACUGAAAGCACUGUUGUUGUUCAGCAUCUGACUAAGGAUGAGGAAUACAGCUUUAGGGUUUCUGCUGUCAAUGAAAUUGGAACCUCUGAAGUCUCUAGGAGUUGUGAGUUUGUCAAGGUUUCUGAGCCAGUGAGAGCUGAACCUCCUAUGGUAAAGGAACAACUUCAGGCUGUUGUGAGUGGCCUUCAUCAAGAGGUCAUCCUCCGCUGUGUUGUUACAGCCACACCUGCACCCAAAAUUGAAUGGCUUAGAGACGGCAAAGCUAUUUCUGGAUUUACUAAGUAUGAAAACUUCACUGCCACAUUCACAAUCAAGCAGACUAAUGAAGAUUCUGGUGGUAUGUACACCUGCCGUGCUAGUAAUGAAGCUGGUAUGGCAGAGUGUUCUGCUACUGUUGUCAUUCAAGAGGCACCAAGAUUUGAUUAUGAUGAAAAACAGCAGUGUCAACGUCUACAUGUAGGUGAAAAAUGGCAUGUCCCUAUUCAGGUUAUUGGCUACCCAAGACCCAGGAUCAUUUGGUCUCGUAAUGACCAACCACUCAUGUCCUCUCAGCGCAUUGUGAUUCAUACUGAAGAAUCUGAGGGAAUGACAGAUAUUGCUAUUCAAAAGUUGUCAAUGGAGGAUUCUGCUGUGUAUACAUUAACGGCAGAAAAUUCUGCUGGACGAUCUCAGCUGAGCUUUAAUCUCAGAGUUGUUGAGCGCCCUGCACCACCUAUGGGACCUCUCAGGGUUAGUGAAGUGACUUCCUCAUCCCUGAGACUAACAUGGGAAGCUUCACCCUAUGAUGGAGGUAUGGAGAUCACUUCCUACUACAUUGAAAAGCUUGAGAAGACCCAGAAGCAAUGGCAGAAGGUAGCAGAGGUUGGCGCUUCCGUGAGGACAUAUGUUGUCAUGGAGCUGGUUGAAGGUCAUGAAUACAUGUUCAGGGUGUUUGCUGUCAAUGCUCUUGGAAUUUCUGACUCCCUGGAGGUUUCUGAAACCAUUCUCAUCAAGAGUCCAUUUGACAAGCCAGGUCCUCCAAUUGGUCCCUUCGACGUUAGCAACAUUACUGAAUCAUCUAUUUUGCUACACUGGGAUGAGCCUGACUCAGACGGUGGCUCACCUAUCACUCACUACAUUCUGGAAAAACGUGAAUCCACCAAGAAAGCAUGGACAAAGGUUGGCCAGACCUCAGCAGAUGUCACCCAGAUGGAGGUUACAGGGCUAAAGAGAGGUGUUGGCUACUGCUUCAGAGUGUUUGCAUUCAAUGCAGUUGGGCAAGGACCUCCUCUACAGCCUGAAGAGCCGAUCACAGCAGGCAAGAAGAUCACUCCUCCAUCAAAGCCCAACAGCCUUCAGGUGAUAGAUGUUACCACCAAGACUGUGACCCUCGCUUGGGCACCUCCAACUACUACAGGAGGAGCUGACCUGAUGGGUUAUGUAAUUGAACGAAGGCUGAUCUCAGAAAAGAAAUGGGAGAGGGUUGACACUGUGGAUGCUUCUGUGACUUUGUACUGCAUAGAGAACUUGCAAGAAAAAUCUGAAUAUGAGUUCAGAGUGUUUGCUGAAAAUCCAGUCGGUCUUAGUCUAGAAGCUGCAAUGACAGAACAAGUCAGGCUUAAGACUCAUGCAAUGCCACCAUCACCACCAACUGCACCACUGGAAGUUCGUCCUACAGGCCCCAAUAGCCUCAUGAUUGAGUGGGGAGCACCUGAGAGUGAUGGUGGUGCUCCAUUGUUAGGAUAUAUCAUUGCCAUCAGAGACAUCAAGAGAACCAUGUGGAUUGAAGUAGGCCAAGUUGGAGCCAACUUCACUAGGUUACACAUCAAAGAGUUGCAGGAGGAACACGAGUACCAUGUCAGAGUGUUUGCUCGUAAUGAAGUGGGCACAAGUGAUCCUCUGGAAACUGAAGAUCCUGUGAAGGUCAUCCGGCCAGCUGACUUCACGGAGCUGCCUGAGGAUGAUAAUGCGCCUUCACUGUCCUACUCCACGACGGAGACACUCUCCUGGAUGCGGGAGGCUGGCAUGGAUGCCGAUAUCUACUCUUAUGCUCGUGGUCGCCUCCUGAACAGAGACGAAUACUUCUUCAAAGUCUGGCACCGCGGGAUGGACAAAUAUGAAGAGAAAAAAUAAUAUGUCAGAAAUAUUUUUAUUAUAAUUUUUUAAUAGGAAACUCUUAGUUAAAUACUGUAUUGUUGAAAAUAUAAUUUUAUUUGUUAAUUUCUGUUAAUGUAUAUUGCCAAUUACGGAGACAUGUCUCCUUUGAAAUGAGCAGGUGAUGGGGUUGGUGUCCAAUCUCUUGCCUGUUAUGGAGAAUACCCUUUUAAGGAACUGAAGUUGUACUUACUAUUUACUGAUGAUCGUCAUAUUUUUGUCAGUGAUUCUCGAUUAUGUGUACUAUAAUGGCUCCAGGUGUCCACAAUAAGGAGGAUACCGGAAGCCACCCUUUGAAGACUUGUGCGCCAUAAGGUGUUCGGUCCUGGACUUCCCAGUAGGAACUUUCGCUCUGGUCCUGUUUUGACAUCAUCAUCAUUAUCCUGAGAUGUUCACCUGUGCACCCAGUAAAACAGACCCGGAAGUUUCUAGCUGUGAUAUUCCCAAAUGGCCCAAAUAUACCAUCAUAUAGAUAUUUUCUUUUAGUAUUGCGGGCCUAAAUUCCAACCCGUGGACCAAAUCUUGUGGCAGUACAACUCUAAACGACUUUGAUACACGAAACCCUUAUUUUGUGUACUGUAUAGAUUUUGUCAUUGUAUUGUCUUGCUCGUGACUCAGGAUUAAAUGUAAUCAUUUCUAUUUAUAAAUGAUCGUAUCACUGAACGCGAAUGUGUCCAUAUUAGUCUCAUCAUAAAUAUGUAUGACCUUAGCUGUUUUGUGGUGAAUGUACUGUGAUAAGCGAAACUUACCUAAGUCGACUGCGUGCUUGCAUAAGAAAAUAUCUAUUGUUUUUUUUCUUGUGUUGCCUUGUUUAUUUCCCCAAAUUUUGUGACCUAGCUGACAAGCCUUAGUGAACAUUGUGUGUCAGGAGCCAUACUGCUGCUGCGAAAAACUACCAUCUCUUUGGCCCGACCACAAAGUCCAGUAAGUUUUGGCGGCCAAGGUCAGCUUACUAAAGUCAAGUGGAUGGUCACUGUUCUUUCACAAAUGCUGCUGCAAUAUACAACCAUUAAUAUUUUUGUGGGGCAGUGGCGAUUCACUCGGCUGCCAGUUUGACUAGGCUUGUUGUGUAGAAUGAUGAUAAUAAACGGUUUAGCUGA